CGGUAACAGCUUCCUGAAACCAUGGAGACGCCAGCUUCCCAAAUUAAACAUGGCGGAUAAAGCGUCAGUAUCCCCUGGCAACGGGAGCUUGUGAGUGACCGCCUGUCAUGGAGGGCAGCGACGAUCUCUCCUCGCAUUACUCGGUGUUUGAGGGCUCCUCCGAGCAGGACGUGAUGUCCUGUAAGAUAUUCUGGAACUCGGUGAGCUUGCAGCCGCCGCUGGAGUCCAGGCUGGUGACGGGAGACAUGGACCAGCGACUGAGGGCGGCCGCCAGCCCCCGACUGCGUGAGUAACACGGGCUGCCAGGCUAUGGGGCGUGGUCAGAGAACCCGUAAUCUGCAUGUCCCCGCCUCCCCCGACUGCGUGAGUAACACGGGCUGCCAGGCUAGGGGGCGUGGUCAGAGAACCCGUAAUCUGCAUGUCCCCGCCCCCCGACUGCGUGACUAACACGGGCUGCCAGGCUAGAGGGCGUGGUCAAAGUACCCGUAAUCUGCAUGUCCCCGCCCCCCGACUGCGUGAGUAACACGGGCUGCCAGGCUAGGGGGUGUGGUCAGAGUACCCGUAAUCUGCAUGUCCCCGCCUCCCGACUGCGUGAGUAACACGGGCUGCCAGGCUAGGGGCGUGGUCAGAGUACCAAUAGCUCCACCCACUCUGACAUGUAAUCUGAAUGUCCCCGCCCAUCUCUCUCUCUCUCUCUCUCUCUCUCUCUCUCUCUCUCUCUCUCUCUCUCUCUCUCUCUCUCUCUCUCUCUCUCUCUCUCUCUCUCUCUCUCUCUCUCUCUCUCUCUCUCUCUCUCUCAUAAUAUCAGAUAACAGGGUAACACGUGGGGCUGGUGUGCACAUUGUGCUGAUACAUUCUAUGUGUUAGGAGUAGUGAAGCAUCAUGGGAGAUGUAGUUUUGCACAUCCCUGAUUUAGAUUAGUUUAGCUUUCUAGUCUGCCAACACCAUAAAUCAUUGUCUGUAGUGAUUCACAUGGACUGUCUCCACAAACACCAGAGUGUGUGUAUUGUGUUAUAGAGAGAGAGAGAGAGUGUGUAUUGUGUUAUAGAGAGAGAGAGAGAGAGAGUGUGUGUAUUGUGUUAUAGAGAGAGAGAGAGAGAGUGUGUGUAUUGUGUUAUAGAGAGAGAGAGUGUGUGUAUUGUGUUAUAGAGAGAGAGAGAGUGUGUAUUGUGUUAUAUAGAGAGAGAGUGUGUGUAUUGUGUUACAGAGUGUGUGUGUGUAUUGUGUUAUAGAGAGAGAGAGAGUGUGUAUUGUGUUAUAGAGAGAGAGAGAGAGAGUGUGUGUAUUGUGUUAUAGAGAGAGAGAGAGAGAGUGUGUGUAUUGUGUUAUAGAGAGAGAGAGUGUGUGUAUUGUGUUAUAUAUAGAGAGAGAGUGUGUGUAUUGUGUUACAGAGAGAGUGUGUGUAUUGUGUUAUAGAGAGAGUGUGUGUAUUGUGUUAUAGAGAGAGAUAGUGUGUGUAUUGUGUUAUAGAGAGAGAGUGUGUAUUGUGUUAUAGAGAGAGAGAGAGUGUGUGUAUUGUGUUAUAUAGAGAGAGAGUGUGUAUUGUGUUAUAGAGAGAGAGAGUGUGUAUUGUGUUAUAGAGAGAGAGAGAGUGUGUGUAUUGUGUUAUAGAGAGAGAGAGUGUGUAUUCUGUUAUAUAGAGAGAGAGUGUGUGUAUUGUGUUAUAGAGAGAGAGAGAGUGUGUAUUGUGUUAUAGAGAGAGAGAGAGUGUGUAUUCUGUUAUAUAGAGAGAGAGUGUGUGUAUUGUGUUACAGAGAGAGAGUGUGUAUUGUGUUAUAGAGAGAGUGUGUGUAUUGUGUUAUAGAGAGAGAGAGUGUGUGUAUUGUGUUAUAGAGAGAGAGAGAGAGUGUGUGUAUUGUGUUAUAGAGAGAGAGAGUGUGUAUUGUGUUAUAGAGAGAGAGAGAGUGUGUAUUGUGUUAUAUAUAGAGAGAGUGUGUGUAUUGUGUUACAAGAGAGAGAGUGUAUUGUGUUAUAGAGAGAAAGAGAGAGAGAGUGUGUGUGUGUGUGUAUUGUGUUAGAGAGAGAGAGAGAGAGUGUGUGUAUUGUGUUAUAUAGAUUGUUAGCAAUGGAUGGACUAAGAUUUACUUGCAGAGGUUUGUUUCCAUAGAAACCAUCAUGGCUAAGUGGAGUGAAUGGCUGGUUCAGAGUCAACACGUCACAUAUGGCACCUCGUUAUAUAUUCUCACCGCUGACCCAAGUCUGGCGGGAAAGCACAGAUUAUUAUUAACCUGUCUCCUCCUAUGGUAAUACCACGGGAAAGGGAGCACUACAUUACUAAAGGAUUAUACCAAGAACCAUGACCACUUCAGUGAUUGGAAUUUGUCAUGGUGUCUGGAGGCUGCACAUCCGAUGAGCUAUCCCUUUAGCUGCUGAAUGUGUAACUCCACCUCUAGCUGCGUCAUUGGAUUGUCAUCAUUCAGGACAGAACUAGAGUACCAGGCUGGCUAAUGUCAAUUCUGUGCAACUUUCCCUGCACAACAUGUCAGCCAUUAUCAGCCACCGAUAGGAGCAUUUUCAAGCGAGAAGAUGUAGCCAAUAGAGGGUGAAAAAGGAGGAGCAGAAAAAAAAUAUAAAUUUAGUAGGGAAGCCAUCUUCCGUGACUGAUAUUUUCAUCAGAUAGCGGGACAGGCUAAUUCUGCCCUUACAGUAGCUCCCCAUUGAAAGGGAGUGAGAAGCAUCUGUAAUUUUCUCACUCUGUCUUAUGAAUCAAUCGCGUUAGCAGGUCCAGGUCCAAGGUUUCCUGUUUGAUACAUCUCACUGCAACAGAAGUAUCUGGGUAGAGCUAACCAGCUCCAGAUUCCAGACUUUGGGGGUAAACUGUUUAAUAACCUGGGGCUUCCUCAAACCAUUACAAAUGCAUUCUAGAGAAAUGGAUAUGGUACCCGGAGAGUUUUUUUUUUUUUUUUUUUUUUAAGGGGUUAAUGAAACUGUUGUGUGCACAUCAAAAAUAUAGCAAACACAGGCUUCUUGUUCGUAUAGUAUCGAUUGCCAUUCUGAUGUUGUGCAGUCAUAUACAGCAACAGUUUGCAGCUCAUACUGAAAUGUGCUUACCCAGUGCACUGCCUGGUUUAAUGCACUAAACCAUGUGUUCUGGAUUUCUCCAGCCCUGGCUGGGCUAUUAAUCCAUUAUAUGCUAAAUUAAAAAUGCCCAGAGCUCACAAAAUAAUGGUUAGGCUCAAAAAGCCUUGUCAGGAAUACACGAUUUAAAAAAAUCAAUGUAAAUCAGCUUUUGAGAAUUGAUCUCAUAUAAUUAAUUUCUUUAGCAUGCCAUCUACAAAUGUGCACUAAAACAACAUUACCACACUCUUUACUUUUAGGAAUUAAUUUCCUCACUCAUUUGUUAAACGCUAAACACAAAUUGCCUUUAUAGAACUCGGCUUUGCAAAGCAGAACAAAAGAUACAAUUCUUACUUUAAAUUAUUGGUCUUAAUUGCCUACUAUAAUCAUUGUACUUAAUAAUAUUUGACUUGUUGACUUUAGAAAAAAUAGUUAGAUGUUGAUACUAUUGGAAAUCUUCCAAGUGUUGAUUCAUCCGUAUUGUCUGUUUUUUUUGGUUGUUUUUUUAAAACAUUUAUUUAGUUAUUAUUUAUUGAUUUAUUUAAAUAAAGGAACACUGCAGUUAUUGAGCCAAGAGUACCCUGGCACUCUCCUAUAGUAGGUAGCAAAACUUGUUUAAGAACCGUUAAAAACUUACCUGAGGGCCACUGGGCAUGUGAAUUGGUGACAGCAUCCAUCUUUACUUAACUAAACCCUGCUGUUCAAGGCUGGUUCAUGGUUGACAAUGUUCUUAAAGGGACACUAUAGUCUCCUGAACAACUUUAGCUUAAUUAAGCCGUUUUGGUGUAUAGAACAUGCCCCUGCAGCCUCACUGCUCAAUCCUCUUCUAUUUAGGAGUUAAAUGCCUUUGUUUAUGAACCCUAGUCACACCUCCCUGCAUGUGACUUGCACAGCCUUCCAUAAACACUUCCUGUAAAGAGAGCCCUAUUUAGGCUUUCUUUAUUGCAAGUUCUGUUUAAUUUAGAUUUUCUUAUCCCCUGCUAUGUUAAUAAUCCUGUUUGUGAUUAAAGUUCAAUUUAGAGAUUCAGAUCCAAUUAUUUAAGGUAAAUUACAUCUGUUUGAUGUGAUUUAACUCCUAAAUGACAGUGAAUAGAGCAGUGAAAUUGCAGGGGAAUGAUCUAUACACUAAAACUGCUUUAUUUAGCUAAAGUAAUUUAGGUGACUAUAGUGUUCCUUUAAAUGGUACAACUGCUUAUUGUUGGAGUUUGCCAGGGUGCAGGCAUGGCAGUACACCACUCAUGUGGCCCUGAAGAUGUUCAUGAAGGAAACUAUGGAGGAGUGAGAACUUCAGGUAAGUAUAUCUUCUUCCCCAAAUUCCCCUGUGAAGCCACUAGGCAACUAUUUGCAAAAACUGCAAAGACACCUCAACUGACAGUCACUUGAACCCAACUUGUAGCUUUUAUCAUAGAAAGACAUGAUGCAUCUAUAAUUUUUGAUGGCACCUCAAUUAUUCUGGAGCUAGGAGAGAUUAUAUCUAUAUGUAUUAAUACAAAAAUUGCACAAAGAAGUAGGCACCAAAAGAUAGCUAAGUUCUUACAGAUUAGAAAAAUGUUUUUAUUUGGGGGUUGUUAGUGAUACAGACUCCAUUAAAAAUAACCAUUUUGAGUAUUUUAAAUGUUUUGUUGCAAUAAUCAAUAUAAAAGUUCAUUUCUGUUUUGGUCUCUAGAGAAGAAUUAUGCACACGAGCUUCCCAUUGAAGAUAUCCGUAAGUAUUACCCUUUUUCUUUUCUUUUUUUUUACUUUUCUCAUCUUUGAUUUUUGGCAAAGGGUGCUAAAUCCAGAUUCCUUCUAUUUGAAUGUCAGAUCUGCAUCUUGGUAUUGUCACAGACAAUUUUGACACUAUAUUGACCAAUGUUUUGGCAAGACUUUGAGAAUGAACCAGAUAUUGCAUUUUCAGACAAGUAUCCACAAUGAUCACUCAUAGUCAACAUUUUAUCAAAUGCUCACUGAAACAAAAAAAAUAUUAUAUCUGAAUUCUACACUCUGCAAACUUAGUGAACCCUUCCAUGAUGUUAAUUACCACUGUGAUGAAACUCCUAUACUCCAAUUGAAUACCUUUCCAUCUUCCUCACUACUAUCAGGGGACUCUGGAACACUACAGAUUCAGUCGCCAAAGCUUGACUGGAGUCUUUGAGGACCUCAUUGGAUAUGGCUUCUGUGAAUAUAGCUCUGGAGACCCUCUCUCCUGAUAAGUAGUGAUUAUAGCUUCACCACAGCUUUUCCCUUACACAUUAGACGUGUCUGAAUGUAGGGGAUAGAAUAAUCUUUAUUCCACAGAACUAUUUAUGCACAGCAUGCUCUUUCAUUUAAAGCAAUGUACAAUACAGUUGUCCCUUCCUGGAGCCACUUUGUCUGGGAACUUAAUUACAUUAUCCCCAGCUAACACAAGUCGCUCCCUUCUGUGUCCUUAAAGUCCUAGAGGCACAACAUACAAGAAGUCCACCAGUACCGCUUUCUCUGUAACGUACCGCCACACAAUAUAUAUUCUUGGAAAGCUCCUCACCACAUGCCCUCGCUGUCCAAAUAUCGCCCUGAUCAGAGAAGCCGCACCAGAGUAGUAGUAGUGUUUAAAAUUUUACUAGGUCGUGGAUACUUUUUGAACCGACGAGAAGUUCCAGGCAUACGGCGGUUUAGUCCUAGUUUCACAGAAAGGGUUCCCAGACCUCUGGGGAAGAAAGCACUCUCAAGCCCAAGGUAUCCUCUCAUCCCUCCCACCCUCCCUUCCAAUACCCGCUUAAAGAUCAAUCAGACCUCGACACAGUCCCAAUCCAGUGAACAGCUACUGAGUGUUUCAUGGUAUCUCCUGGGAAGGCGCUCAAUGUAUAAAAUGAGUCCAGGUGAUCCCCAGAUGUACUAGAGUCCGGCUGGGAGGCGCAGUAAGCAUCCAGGGCCCCAAUAUUCCUCUGCACAGUGACAGGGGCUCUUGGGGCCAGGCCCAUAGUCUGUGGUCAGGAGGCUGGCCUUUAAACCUCUCCAAAAGUCUUUGGCACGGAAGCUUCCAUCACUGCCACCAUCGUCAAUGUUGAAUUUUUUUUUCAUUUAUUUACCUUGAUGUCACUCUUGUGAUUUAACUUGCUAUAAAAUCCACGGCAAUUGUCGGUGACUACUAAACCUUCACGUUGCACAUGAAAAAGAGAAGAGAAAGGACCAUGCAUUGGUUUUUCGGCUAGAGGGCAACCCCUCUGGUCUUUUCACUUAACAAGAUUCUCCAGAAUCUCCACUGAUGUCUGUAAGGGCUUUGGGGAACUCAAGGAUGCUGUAGCAGAUUGCCCUUAUGUUAUACCAAAAAUACAGCCUAUUUUGAACAAAUAUCCAGAGAUUUGCUGUUGGAUUUUUUUUUUUUUUGAACACCCUAGUUCAGGCAUAGGAAACCUUCGGCACUCCAGAUGUUUUGGACUACACCUUCCAUGAUGCUUUGCCAGCAUUACAGGUGUAAGAGCAUUAUGGGGGAUGUAGUACACAACAUCUGGAGUGCCGAAGGUUGCCUAUCCCUGCCCUAGUUAAUAAUUGUCGACAUUUAUUAACUUUAGAAGGAGGUUGUUCUGAUAACAUUUAUUUUCUACUAUCAUUGAAUUCUUACAGAUUAUAUCACUUAAACCUAUACAAAAUUUUAUUUUGCAGAGACUGAACAACUCCUAUAUAAAGCCCAAAAAGAAGAAUAUCUGGAGCAAAAGGCUAUUUAUCUAGAAAGGGUAACAUAUUAUAUUACAUUCUGUCUUACUUUUACAUUACACGUCAUAUAAUUUUUUUGCUUUUGUUUUUAAAAAAAAAUAGAUUCUUUUUUAUAUAUUGUGAUAUUGCCUUGUCAUAUUGUCCUUUGUCCAAAUAACUUGAUUCACUACAUGUUUCCCUCUAUACAUUUUGCCCAUUUCAUAUCCACAUUGUAUGGUUCUACCCAACUUUGCAGCCACCAUCUGUAACUCCAACUAUCUCUGUGGCUGUUUCUGGACAUCCACCCCACCUUAUUCCCUGUUCGUUGUGUGCAGUGCUAAGGAAAGUAUUGCAAGAACAAUUUUUUUCAGUUUCUGGAAACACACACAUAUAUAUAUAUAUAUAUAUAUAUAUAUAUAUAUAUAUAUAUAUAUAUAUAUAUAUAUAUAUAUAUAUAUAUAUAUAUAUAUAUAUAAAUAAUUUAUUUUUUAUAUACUAUGUGAAUUAACAGAACAUUAAAUAUUUGAAAGAACCAGCCAGCAUGGCUUGUUGUUCAGUUUUCCUUUCUGUACAAAAAAAAUCACUUUUCUGUUGCCACCAGCUGGUUAAAAGCUUUAAUUAUGUACAAAAAAUAUUUCACAUGUUGAAAGAUCUAAUGGCCUGAUUCAUGUUAUAAUAUAUGUGGGGUCUAAGCUUUAAUUACUAAAUAUACCCUACUUGUCUUCAUGUGACUCUAUAACAUGGAUGUGCUCUCAUUAUACGAUGAAAAGGGAUAUUACUGAGGUAACGAAGCUCAGAGGAAUAUCAAUAAGUCAGUAGUUUAACCGACUAGUUAGACAAUCAUAUAAAUACAGCUACCAUGGCUGUCUUCCUGACAGCCACUAGAGACGCUUCUUCAGGGCCGAUCACAGGCGCCUGGGUGCAGAAUUUCUUUUUUUGGCACCCCCAGGUGGGUGUGGUCAUCUUUCUAACCCCUCCCCUUUGCAACGACUUCACCUCUCCAUCUAGACACACACUCACUGACAGUCACACACUCUCACUGAGAGACAAACACUGACAGAAACAUACUCCGACAGAAACAUUGACACACACUCUCAAUGACAGAUACACAAUGUCACUGAUUUGAAACAUUCGCUAACAGACACAAAUGCUGACAGACACAUAGUGGUACACAAAACAAGGAAGUCCAGCAUUCAGCGUUUUAAAUCACAGCAUACAUAAUUACAUAAUUACACACACACUGCCCCAUGCAUACCUAGACAGUCACACACAAUACAACACACACACAUUCACACUGUCAUAUGGACACUGUAUCAGUCUCUCUCUCUCUCUCUCUCUCUCUCUCUCUCUCUCUCUCUCUCUCUCUCACAGUCCUUGCUGUCAUGAACACUGGAAGGAGGAAAGAAGGCCAUGGUCCCUAGUGUCUAGUGGGAGGCAGGUAUUCCUUCCUGCUUACCCUCUGAUUUAGACUUGGUGAUGCCCUCUUAAACAAUUAUCUAAAUAAACUCAUUUGUAUAAAAACAAUGUUUAAUGCAAAAUUCUAUGUAAAAUAGUUUUCCUUAUUUGAGAUUGCUGUAUAUGUACAGUGAUGUAUGCACCCCACAAAUUAAUACACAUACAUAUAAAUCCACAGAUCAUAUCUCAUACAUACUUAGACAUGUGCACACUCACAUACAGACACACACUGUCAUAUACAAAGACACAUACCAAUAUACACAGUCACAUAUACACACAGACACACACUGUCACAUACAGAGACACAUAACAACAUACAUACAUACCUACCAGGUUAUUUACAAAAAUGAGAAUUGUCAGGAAUUCAUAGUGGAUUUCAAAGUGGAUGACAGAAUAGUCAAACUGGAAGCAUUGUAUUCCUGACAAUUAUAACCUUGUCAGACAUGAAUUAACACACAUCAUCAUGGAGACAGACACACCAAAAAACAGUCACAGACAUACACGCAUUAACACAAUUACAAACAUUCAUAAAAGAAAACCACAGAGACACAUACAUUAAAAGACACACGAAGUCCCAUACAUAGACACACAACACACUCAGUCACAUAGACAUAGGCUUAUGGAUAGCAGGUUUGUUGGUAGGUUAAUUAAAUUGGUGUUCAGGUGUGUUUUGUGACAUGGUAGGUAUUUCUGGUAUAACACCACCUACACUCUGCACCUCCUUUGCCAGGUACCUACUGGGGGGGUUUCUAGGGUUGGGAGGUUUUCAUGGCUGCUAUCUAAGUCAUCUCCUGAGUCCUACCGUGUUCCAAGCUGUGACACUCUUCGCCGCAGCACCCCCCUCAUUCUAGUGCUUGGUCACAAAUUCCCACUCAAAUUACCCUGGUGGUCCAGUGGUAUCCUAUAUCCGUUCCCUGGCAGUCCGGUGGUGAAUAGCAGGAAGCGCACGUCCUGUUGUUUCAGAUCAUAAUACCCACUCCUUCGCUGCUCCGGCUUUUUUUGAGAAUCUCUGAGCCUGUUCUCUGACUAACUAACUGAGCGCCGGAACCACGAGGGAGAGGAUAUGAUUUAAAUGCACCUACUGCCGGUGCGCACCAGUGGACCAGCAGGGAAUUGUUUAAAUGUAAUAUGCUGUCCCCAACUUGCAAGUUGUGUUGGCUGCCAGGCACCUCUGUCGUCAUGGCGCAAUGUGUGACCGCACAGCUGUCACACCUCAACAGCUGGUCCUGCUGUCAGACUGUCAGGGUACCUGUUGGUGAUGUAUCCAGGGAGGACAUCCUCUCUGCUUAGGGGCUCCCUUCCCCUAGCAUUUCGGCAUAUUCCGUCCGUUUUCGCGCCGGCCGCGCUAGCUCCUCCCCCUUUAUGACGCGACGGCUAGCGUCGACGUCAUGACGUCGGCAUUUGCAUAAAGUGCCGGGAACCGCUAUUCCGGACCUUUUGGGGGCGUGGUCUCUAUUUAGGUUACAGGGUAUUUAAAGGAAACCUUUACUACUGCUCAUUGCCCUGUCGUGGUUCUAGCUUGCUAGUCACUCAGCGCGUUCUUUAUCUUGUGUUUCCGGUUUUGACCCUUGCUUGUCUUUUGUCCUGUUGUCCUCUCCUCUCCUUUGACUCGGCUUGUAUCUCGCUUACCUGUCCUCCGGCUCCCUCGACCUCGGCUUACCUUUUGACUAUUCUUGCUUUGUCCUUACGUUAGUCCGGCCAUUCUAAGGUCCGGUAUACGUACCUCCUUCUGUGCGCACUCUGCGUAUUGGAUCCCUGUCAGUUUCCUGACACAGACACACACAAACCCCGACAGACACACACACUCACUGACAGACCACCACUUACUUGACAGACACACUCGCUGACAUACACUCAGUCACACUGACAGACACACUUAAUGACAGACACACACACUCACUGACAGAUACAUUUACUGACAAACACACUCACUGACAGACACACUCGAUGACACACACACACAAACACUGACAGACCCAUACUCACACACACUGACAGUCAAACUGACAGAAACAUUUACUGACAGGUACACACUUACUGGCUGACAGACACAUACACUCACACACACUGACAGACACACACACUCACUGACAGAUACAUUUACUGACAAAAACACACACUUUCUAACUGACAGACAUACACACACUCACUGACAGACACACACUUACAGACACACUCACAAACACUUACUGAUAGACAAAUACACACUUACACAGUCUUGCGCACACACUCACAAAUUAAUUGUAUUGUUUGUUGCUCCUACCUUUAGGAGUCUUCUGGGUCCUUUCCCAUUGAUCUUCCUGCUUCUCUCUCCUCCCUCGCACUGUUUAGUGAUGCUGGGUCGGAAUUACGUCAUAUUCCAUCUUCCGGCAUCACCACAAAGAGAGCAGGAAGAUCAUCAGCACAGGCAGUGCUCCCUCGCCGCCGCCUGCCUCCUUCCUCACCUGGCCGGUAUAUUGCUGCAGAGUAGGCACCUGCCAUCUGGGAUAAGCAGGUGUCUACUCUGCCUUGCUAGAUAACCGCCGUUCCAGGGGUGCCCUUAGGUGGCCAGCUGGCCACCUGUUGGCCUCCCCUUGACAGGCCAUCGGUCUGCUCUGCGAGGCGCCCCCCAUCUCCUGGCACCAGGGCGCAGUGCACCCCAUACACCCGCUCACAAUCGGCCCUGUGCUUCUUUCUCCAGUAAGGAGUGAAACAUAGUCUUGCAAUCUAAUGCUGCUGAUUGUAGCAUUUCAUUGGAGGAGCGCAGUGUUUUGCUGCAUAUGUGUUCUCCAAUCCAGUGCUUUUCUAUGACAAGUAUUGGAUUGGGCAAUAUCAUGAUAUAUGUCGGCUUGGAUGCUGACAUAGACCUAGAUGGAGCAGGAGGCUGUAGCGGAGGAGUUUUGGCUCUGAAAACAAAAUUAGUUUGCUUUAUUUAACUUUUACUACGCAAAGGGGAUGGACAGUGAUAACGUCUCUAUAAGGGAAGCUAUAGUCCAGAAAUAGUGAUGUCCCGAACGGUUCGCAAACGGUUGAGUAAACUUUGACCCUGUACCUCACAGUCAGCAGACACAUUCCAGCCAAUCAGCAGCAGACCCUCCCUCCCAGACCCUCCCACCUCCUGGACAGCUCACUAAGAAUGCAGCUUCACAAUGAAUGUAAAAUGGAUGCUGUCCAGGAGGUGGGAGGGUCUGGGAGGGAGGGUCUGCUGCUGUUUGGCUGGAAUGUGUCUGCUGACUGUGAGGUACAGGGUCAAAGUUUACUCAAUGAUCCGUUCGUGGCGAACCGUUCAGGACAUCACUAUCCAGAAGUAAUGAUUGUUAUUUUCGGGACUAUAGGUUCCCUUUUAAUACUAGACUGUUAAAAAAUUGGUUUGGAGCAUUUUGUCAUUUGAUUCGGGCAAACCACUCCAAACUAAUUUUUGCACAAGUCUAAUUCAUGCUCUCAGAGUGUGGUCUUAUGCCUGCGUGUUAUGUUUAUCUUGAGGAGGUUCCCUCAGUGUUUUUAGUCUCCUUUUGCCCCAUCUAAAAUCAUUGAGUGACUGAGGACCAUUUGACUCCUUUAUAUAAAUAUUGCUCCUACUCAAUCUAUAUCAGUAGAGUACCAAAUGCAACAUUAUGAGCAUGUUGGCGGAGAGCAGAAACUAUUUUGGCUUUCCCAUUGUUUUUUCAAAAAGUAAUUUGUACUUCUGCGCAACCAUUGCAUGUUGUUUGCAGCUGAAUAUGCACCAUUUUUUAUUUAUUUGUCACAGAAAAUAUUUGAAGGGAUACUUUAAGCACCAAAAGCUUAAUGAAGCAGUUUUGGUGUAUAGACCAUGCCCCUGUAGUUUCACUGCUCAAUUCUUUGCCAUUUAGGAGUUAAAUCACUUUUGUUUCUGUUUAUAUCUGUUUGUAUCUCCUGCUCUGUUAACCCCUUAAGGACACAACGGAAAUAUUCCGUCAUGAUUCACUUUUAUUCCAGAAGUUGUGUCCUUAAGGGGUUAAUGGAAGUUUAAUCGCACACGAGGUUCCUGUAGCAUACUAACAGAGCAGGAGAUCUGAAAUUCUGAAUUAAACAGACUGUACAAAAAUACAUUUAAAACUAGAUCCCUCUUUAGAGGAAAUAUGUAGGGAUCAUAAUGUAUGCACAAAAACUGCUUUAUUAAGCUAAAGUUGUUUUGGUGCUUAUAAUCUCCUUUAAAUUGAUAUAAUCUUCUGACAAUUAAUAGCACUAUUGGCUAGUAGGAGGAAGUGAAGAUGUUUGGUGAAACCAUCCAAGACUGAGAGCUGUUUUGCUAUAAAGCUGUACAAUCAUUUGUUGCAUGUUAAUUUGUGAGUAUUUAAUGUACGUCACUUCAUAGAAUACUAAAAUGCUGUGGAAAUCUUGCAGAUUUCAUAUUUAAUAUUCAAUGUUCAAUUUCUAAUGCAAAAGAUGACAAACUUAAACUAGUGGUAUGAAUCCACGUUCAUUUCACUGCGACUGUGAAGCACCUAGUUCCUUGCAAUAGUUGUGCUUUAUGUGUACAUACUGUUGGUAAAUCAUAUGAGUUUAAUAACUUGUGUGUCUCACUUAAAACGGAUUUCUACUUUUCCAUUUAAAACACGGAAUCCAAAAGUUGCAUUAAUUCCAUAGCAUCCCAGGAUCCCAUGCAUUACCUUGCAAACAAGUGUGCUUUAUGGAAUUCAUUUUAGUUUAUUAUUAUUGUAGCGGAGAUCUAGUAUUCCACAGGAUAUCUCCGCUCAGGAUCCCAGUGAGGCUCAGGAACAAGUAAUUAUAAAUCCAUAAAGCAAGGUUUCCAGCAGGUAAAACAAUAUAGCAAUAUCCCAACAGCAAUCCCAAUAACUGGACGACACACAGCAUCAGGAGCAGAACCAAACCUUUAUUUUCACAGUGGCCUUAUAAAGCAUGCUCUCAUGCAAGGGAGGGAUUUUCAUUAAUUAAUACAGUAUCCAAUCCUGUUCUAGUAACCUCCCACACAUCUCCUCCCUCAGCCUGACUCAUAAUCCCCUUAUACUGUACACAAAUUCCCCCAGUUUCUGGAUGUACCCCUAAACCUAGGGGUACCCCUUUAAAUGGCACAUCCCCUGGUAGCCCUGAUCUGGGUGAGCAACAUAUCCAAAAAUCACCCAGAUCGGACCAGGGGUUCGGGAAAUUUGUGGAGGUAAUAAAAAGACCGACCGCGCUGGAGAAAACCGCCGAAUUGGGUUCCAUGCGAUGGGGCCCUGCGGUCGGUCACAGUAUAAGGGAACAAAUUGCACGAAAGGCUAAGGCUACAGAGAUCAGGUAGGGUUCGCAUGAAUCCCCUCGUUCGGUGGUUUAUUUCUACCAAACGAGGGGCCGUUCGGUAGUUUGGAAGCGAACGUAUCGUGCGUAUGGAGGUCUCAGCGGUGUUUGCCUAGUCGAGUGUCCGAUUCGGGUUCCAGACACUCGACGGCAAAACACCGCUGUUCAGGAGUUUUAAAAUGGCCGCCGCCACGUGUUCGUUUCCCGAAUGGCGGCCAUCCCGAGAACAAAGGACCUACCGCACAGCUUGUCAAUUACCCAUUCGCAACAUUAUUGCAACGGGUAAUUGAAGGUACACUUCACACAGGGGAGGUCUGACUGUUUGGUAGUUUCAUUCCCUUAGUUGUUCGAAUGAUUUUACCGAACAAUCAGACGAAUACACGUUAUUUAGAUACAUAUAAUCCUGCAAUUUACACGAAUACAUUCACACAUAUGCAAUUUCCAGGACAGCCCAGUGCCAUCCACUACAAUUAUUAUUAUUAUUAUUAUUAUUAUUAUGUUUAUAUAGCGCCAACAAAUUCCGUAGCGCCUUACAGUGGGUGGACUAACAAACAUGUAAUUGUAACCAGACAAGUUGGACACACAGAAAAUGAGGGGUUGAGGGCCCUGCUCAAUGUGCUUGCAUGCUAGAGGGAGUGGGGUAAAGUGACACAAAAGGUAAGGGAAGUACUAGGGAAGUAGAUUGGUAGAAUAGUAUUCAAUGAAGACUUAGUGUGGGGUUUUGGAGCCAUUAACAGUUUAAUUGAUAUGCUUUUGUGAAAAAAGUGAGUUUUUCGUGUGAGUCUCCUAGUGGAGACUAGGUGAGCAACUAACGGAAAAUGAAGGGAGUUCCACAAGAACGGUGCAGCCCUAGAGAAGUCUUGAAGGCGAGGUGGGAGUACGAACAGAAAAUAGAUGCAGGUCUUCGGCAGAGCGUAGGGGCUGUGACGGGACAUAUUUGUGUAUUAGAGAGGAUAGAUAGGCAGGAGUAGCAUUAUGUAGAGAUUUGAAAAGCAAGAACCAAAAGUUUAUAUUGAGCCAUAUAACUUACAGGAAGCCAAUGCAGGGACUGACAGAGGGAUGAGGCGUGGGAGGUACGGGUGGACAGGAAGAUGAGCCUCGCCGCCGCAUUCAUUAUAGACUGCAGUGGAGCAAGUUGGAAACAUGCAAGACCACUGAGAAGCGGAUUGCAGUAGUCAAGGCGAGAGAGGAUAGUGGCAUGGACCAGCACCUUAGCCGCAUCUGGCGUUAAGUAGGGGCGGAUGCGCACAAUGUUUUUAAUAUAGAAGCGGCAGGAUUUAGUGAUCGACUGGACAUGAGGGGUGAAGGAGAGGACGGAGUCAAAGGCAGCGAGCCUGCAUGGUGGAGCUGAUGGUAGCACCAUUAACGUGGAGGGAGAAAUGGGGGUAGCAACACUUGAGGGAGUAAAGACCAGAAGUUCUGUUUUGGACAAGUUGAGCUUAAAGGGAUUCUAUAUUGACAGGAAAAUGCAGCCACUAGAGGCUGGAUUAACCCUGCAAUGUUAACAUAGAAGUUUCUCUGAAACUGCUAUGUUUUAAGCUGCAGGGUUAAAACUAGGGGACCUGUCACUCAGACCAUUUAAUUGAAGUGGUUUGGGUGCCUAUAGUGGUCCUUUAAGGAAGUGGGCAGCCAUCCAGUUUGAAAUAGCAGAGAGACAGUCAGAGACACUAGUCAAGUGGGGCUGGGAGAGAUCAGAGGAGGACAGAUAGAUUUGCGUGUCAUCCGCAUAGAAGUGAUACUGGAAGCCAAAGGAGCUGAUGAGUUUACCAAGGGAGGCAGUGUAGAUCGAGAACAGUAGGGGAUCAAGGACUGAACCUUGGGGGACACCAACAGAGAGAGGUUGGAAGGAAGAGGCAGAGCUGAGAAAGAGACACUAAAAUAGCUCUGGGUUAGGUAGAAGGAGCAUCAGGAGAGACCAAUAUCUCGUAGACCGAGAUUGCGGAGGAUGAAAAGAAGCUGUUUAUGAUCAACAGUAUCAAAAGCAGCGGAAAGUUCAAAGAGAAUUAGGAUAGAGUAGUGACCGUGAGGUUUUCAGCGAGUAGAUCAUAUGAUACUUUGGUCAGAGCUGUUUCCACACAGUGCUGAACGCGGAAACCAGACUGAAGUGGGUCGAGCAGAGAAUUGGACUCGAGGAAGUCUGUCACUAUCUCAUACACAAGUAGUCUUUCAAGGAUCUUGGACGCAAAAGGCAGUAGCGAGAUAGAGUAAUAGUUGGACGGGGAGUUAGGGUCAAGGUUGGGCUUUUUUAGAAUCCUGGUUACAGUUGCAUAUUUGAAGGGUAAUGGAACUAUGCCAGAGGAGAGGGAGGGAUUGAGCAGUUUAGUGAGGCAAAGCAAGAGAAGGAGACAGAGUACGGAUGAGAUGUGAGGGAAUAGGAUCAAGGGAGCAGAUGGUGGGGCUGGAGGACUGGAGCAUAUCAGAAACCUCUUCCGCUGUAGCGGGUGCGAAUGAACAUAGAACAGUAGAGGGAGUGAGGUUGGAGUAAAUAUUGUAAGGGGAAAUAGAGAGAUAAGAGAUCUCUUCCCUGAUUGCAGAGAUCUUUUCAGUAAAGUAAGUUGCAAAGUUUGUGGUGGUUCAGUCUGUAGGAGGAGGAGGAGGAGGAGCAUCUGGGUGAAGAAGAGUUAAAAGUGUGAAAUAAUCUUUUGGGUUGGAGGGAGAGUGUGGUUAUGAGGGUAUUGAAGUAAUUUACUUUUGUAGAGGAAAGAGCCAAGCUGUAAGAGCACAGCAUAAAUGUAUAGUGUAGAAAGUCAGAUGUGGAGUGAGACUUUCUCCAGCAGCAUUCAGCAGCUCUGGAGCCUUUUUGGAGGUAUUGAGUCAGCUGGGUGUGCCAAGGUUGUAGUUGGGGACGCUUAUUGCGUUUAAGUGUAGGAGGUGCCCUGAUGUCUAGUUGAGAGGAGAGGGUGGAAUUGUAGAAGGAGAUUGCAGAGCUAUGGCAGGUGAUGUUUGGGGUAGGUAAAAGGAGAGUUUGGAGGUUAGUGAAGAAGUGCUCUAGGUUAAGACGGGUGGGGGGGGGGGACAGUAGACAAUAGCAAUCCUUAAAGGAGUGGGUCUAAAUCGGCGGACAGUGUGAACUUCAAAGGAAGUAAAGGAUAGGGCAGGGGCAAGGGAGAUUGGUCGAAAGGUACAUUGAGGGGAGAGAAGGAUGCCUACACCACCUCCUUUACAGUUGGGUCUUGGAGUGUGGGAGAAUUGUAGCCCACCAAAAUAUGAAGAGGCAGGAGUAGCACUAUCAGAGGGGGAAAGCCAGGUCUCUGUGAGUGCUAGUAGUGUGAGUGAGUUUGAGAUGAAAAGGCUGUGUAUGGCUGUUGAUUUCAGAUCGCUGCAGACCAAGCAGGCGUUCCACAGUACACACUGAAUGUUGGCAAAUAAGGAUGAAGGGCAGGGUAUUGUGAUGAGAUUUGUGUGGUUUCUGGUUGUCUUAGUGUGUGCAGAGGUGAAGGGCCGUGGGUUGGGAGAGACAUCACCAGCUGCUAAAACAAGGAGGAGAGAUAGUGUAACGAAUCACCUGGCACCCCGACUGGGUACCUCCGUUGAAGGAUGCUCCUAGCGCUUCCUGAUGUCUCCAAGCACUCCAGCCGACACCAUAACCACCAUAGACUCCUUCAGAGAGCAUGACAGGAACACGCUCUUAAAAGAGCUUAGGAGUGAUUAUAGCAAGGGAAUAUGCAGUGCAUAGCAAUCCCUUGUAGCAGAUUCCCCCAAUAAGAGACAGGACUCCAAAUUGAGGGUGAAGUAGAAUUGAAGCUUUAAUCGAACACUCUGCUUUUAUGCACAUUUUACACACAUAGUACUGCUCACAGGGUUUUGCAAAACAACCAAUCAAUACGUACAAUACACUCAGACACUCCCAGCAAUUACACACAAAAUCCUCCCCUCUGCCUGUAACAUAAUUACUGAACACAAUGGGCUAACGUAAUUAUCACAGGCAUGAAAAUACGCAAUUUUACACAAUAUUCAUAACUUUAAAAGUAUACUUCACAUUCACAUAAUUACAUUAACAUUACAUUUCAGAAUCAGCAUACUCCAAAUACAAAUAUAUGUCAAAAUCAUACAAAUUGGUCUAGUGGUUCAAAAGUUAGUUGGAAAUCCCUUUUUGACCAACUGCAAGCAUGGCUUGGGUGUGGUAAGCCAAUAAUCUUCAGCAUACAGAAAAUAUCUCCAUACACAACAACAGUAAAAACACAUACAAAUACAUAAUUCCUAUCCUACUAAUCAGAACCCCCACAUUCAAACUAUCCCCAGAUAGCUCGGAUCUGAGCGCUCAAUAUAUCUGAACAGCGCUCAGAUCCCACGAACAGAAUAAAAUCGCCAUGGGGCUUAAGUUUAACAAGGGCCAUACACAGUCCAAUAGAAGUCCAUAAGCACCAAAUGCUGUUUUUAAAGUGCCCAAUCUCCCAGGGGCCAUAGUCAUGAGGCAGGAGGCUGGCAAUCAGGCCCCUCCAGCAGUCAGGGAAAAAAGGCAGUUUGGCACAUAACAAUCCAGUGACAAAAGGCAGUUUGUCACAGAUAGUGACAGGAGGUGUGAGUGGAUUUUAUGUGCACAGGGCCUAGAAUGAGAUCGAUUAUGGGUGGGAGAGAGGGAGCAGAAAAAUAAGUGCAGGGCAUGAGUUGAGAGAAAGGGGGAGUGUGCGAAAGGGGGAGUGAUGCAGAGAGGGGGAAAAGUAAAGGUUGUGGGGGGGAGAGGAAAGUGGUUUUAGGGAGAGAUUAUGAUACUGAGAGAGAAGGAGUAAAUGAAGAGGAGGAGAAGACAGGGCAUAGCCAAACUGGGAAAAAGUCAAUUUGGAGAAAAAAUAAAUGAAUAAAUUGGAAUAUCAAAACCAGGAGUAGGAAGGGUAAAGAUUAAGUUUUAGGGGUUAAGAAAGUGCAGGAGUGUACUGAUAAGAGGCAGUGUGUACACCUGCUGUUUCUGCUGAUCUGAAAUUUGGGUGUGACAGACUAUCUAUAAAUGUUAUAAUGAGCUUGGGGUGGGCAGGUAUCAGACUUUCUUGCAGCAGUAAUGGGGAUAGAAAGUUUGGAAAUCAGGCUGUGGAAGGAAGGUAUGUGAGGGUCAUAUACGCUUGCAAUACAGCUGAGAUAGGGGGAUAUGCAUCUAAGCACAGAGAUGAGGGGAUAGUCAUUCAAACAAAUACAUUUGAGUUGAUAUCAAUAAAAGAAGGGAGCAGUCAAAGGGCAGAAAUCCGAGUGGAAAUAGAGAUAUGCAUAAAUGUGAAUAAAACAAUUACACACAGGGAUAAUAAAACUACACUUUAUAAAAACCUGCUUUAAUUUUAAUUUCCUUAAUAUUGGCUGUUAAACAGCAACCCCGGACGAUCGUUACGACUUUCUUUGGCCUCAUCAGGGAGGUGUAGUUGAUGCCCCUCUAUGCACAAUGAGCGCAGGGUCCACAUCGGGAUUACUCUUUUAACUUGUGAAGAGCCAAGUUAAUGUAUUGCAAAAAAACAAAAAACAACAGAAUAUGAGAACUCUGACAUGUUUAUAGGUUCUCUUUGUAAUGGCACAAGUGAGUAAAUCCAUUUAUGAGACCAAUUUGGCUAUUUUGCCUAAGAUGCGCAGUUUCCUUAUAAAAGCUUCACAAACCUCUGUUUAGUGAAUAAUGCCAAAUACGUUUUUAUUCUAAAUUCAGACAUACUGUACAGCACGGGUCUUUUUCAGGUAGUAAAGCACAUGUGUAGUCUGUCUUCAUUUCACAUUGAACUAAUGGGGACGAGAGCCUUAUAGAUUUGUCUUUUAAAAUUGACUGUUGUCGGAAAACCCUAGGCUCCACUUACUAUGUAAGUGGACAGAUGUCAGUGGUAAAUGUAAAUAUGUUAAAUGAAGUAAUUAAGUAGUGUCUAGUUAUUCCAGGUAUUUAGAUUAAAAAAAGAGAACAAAAUGAACCGCUUCAUGCACUGAUAGGCAGGCGUCUCUGCAAUAUGUUUACUAACUGUCUUGCACAUAAUAUUGUUUGAAUAAUUUAGUAAACCACACAUGAUUAAACAAUAUAUAUAUAUUCAUCUGUGGAACCGUUGGGGUUCUGUAUUAUAGCAUCAUUGUUUUAUUUUAUUUUUUUUCAUCUACAUCUGUAACACAUAUAUUGCUUUGUAGCUGUGUAUUGUCUUCACAGAAUGUGUGUUGUUGUUGGAAAAUACCCCAAAUUGUGAUUCAUCCUGUACAGAGGCAUAACUAGAAACCACGGGUCCCCAGUACAAAAAUUGCCCUAGGGCCCCUCCAUGUGUCACAUGGGUGCGUGUGGCAUAGUUGGGGGGGGUGAGUAUGGAGGGGUUCACGUGAUAGGGUGAAGGGGACAAGUGUGACAGAGUGAUGGAGAAUGAGUGUGACAGUGCUAGAGAAGGUGAGUGUGAUAGAGUGAAUAUGUCAGAGUGAUGGAAGGUGAGUAUGGCAUGGGUGAGUGAUAGGAUUGUGGGAGUUAUUGUGAGUGUGGCAAGGUGAAGGUGGGUGACAGUGUGUAUGUUGGGGAGACCGUUAUACAGACACACAUGCAGAUAAACAGACAAACACACACUGACCUACAUGCAGAUACACACCAUAUAGCACAUACAGAUACAUACACGGACACACAUGCAGAUACACAGACACUUAAUGACAAACAUUCAGAUACAAACAGUAUGACACUCAUACAGAUACAUAGGCAGACACGGACAUACAGAUACUUAUAAACACAUACAUUAAGACACAUCCAGAUACAUACAUAGACAAAUGCGUACAUACAGACAGAUACAUACACACACACACGCAAAAUGUUUUAGUCACUCUCCUGUUUCCUACCUUUUAGGUGCAGGAGGGUGACUUUCCCUGUGAUCCAGUGGCUGGCUCCAGCUGAUGGGAGUUAGAGUGGGAACUCUGACUCCCUCCUCUCCAUCCUUCUCACACGCGGCUCUCUAUGAUAGCUGAGAGCAAAUGACCAGGGAAGUCACUUCCUCCCAGCUCUGACUGGUGGCCUGGUCAUGCUAUUAAAGUGCCGCAGCGCUGACCAGGCCCCCUGGAAAUUCAUUGCCAUCAGGUGGCCCUAACAGCAUGGGCUCCUUCAGCUUUGACCCCUGUGACCACAGUAGUUCUGCCAUUGAUCCUGUAUGCCGCCACCUAGACUGGUAAAAUGUUCAGUAGCGCCAAGGAGCACAUAGCAAUGCUAUACAGAAGCUUCUACAUACAUGCUUGUACCGUGACUCCAACCUUCACUAAUGAGCUAUCUGCAGUAUUCAGAAUUGUAUGGUGGUUGUUGUAUCUCUUGUGCAGGGGGAACUCAUUGGCAUUUUGAAUCUGGACUACCCUUAUGGAUGAGAUCAGUCUGAUUUGCAACUGGUUCUCUCUGGAAUGGCUCAAAUUAGGAAAAACUGUUGAGACCUGAGUGGGAUAAGCUAUUGAGCUUUUCUCGUUCUCAGAGUUGUCAUCUGAAAUCAGACUUUUAUUACACGUUCCCAGUCCCAGAUUUAAAACCCUUAUCCUCAUCUUUACUCUGGUGUCCUGCUUUCUGAGGGUGAAGAGUACAACAUUAGUGCAUAUUUAAACACACUCAAUCUGCCCCAGGUAGGAAUUCCAAGACCUUUUAGCCCAUGUGCAGCUCUUUAGUAGCGUUAAUCUUAUGAGCCGCCCUGCUUGGCUACCUUUCUGGGCAGCCUGUCACCCUAGGUUCACUAUGCCAAGAUGACACACUGUUUUAUGGAUGCGAGGAUCUCACUAACACACAUUGCAGCACUAUCACACCAUCACUAUCUCCCCAGCCUGAGGAUUUACAUCAAAUAAAAUAUCUUAAAAUGAUUUUAUAUGUAUUGUUUGACAUAUAUUUGAAUGCAUUUUCUAUAUUAUUAAUGGAUGCUAAGCGAUGUUUAACUGCAUAAAAUUGGGAUUUUGUAACCUAUUAUUGUGCUUAGCACAGGUUUAUUUGUACUAUUUACUCUGUUUACGUGUACUGUAACACAGCUUUUCAGAUCAGAAUUUUGUCUGCAAAGUAAAAAGCCUGACUAACUAUUUUAAUGCACUGUAACGUGUCAUCUGAUUUCUGUAUCCAUUUUUUUCUUUUCAUCUUAAAUACUUUGCCUGCCUUCCCUAUCCAUCAAUGUGGCUAUCUUCUCAUUAACUGAACUCUAUACAUCUGCACUGUUUGUUGAUUUAUUUUAUAAUUGCAUAAUUCUAAAUUAAAAAUUGUAAAUCCUGCCAGCAAUGGAAUUCACUCCUCAGUAGCUUAUAGUUUUUGUAAUUUGGAAUUUUAAUUAUUUUAUUUACAAGAAUCUUUACAUGUUUGGCCAGUAAUUUUGAUCCAUAAUUUCCCAGAAGUGUGGACGCUUUUUUCUAAAGUGUAAAACCCUCUCUCCCAAAGGAGUAUUGAGUUCUACGUAGGCCUGUAAUCAUUCCCCAGAGAGCUUUCGUCUUAAGAAUUCCACCGUAAAAACAUCCUUUUUAUGUGAUACAUUGAACAUCAAGGAAUGAAUGCAAUUACAACCAAUGCAAUCAUUUAAUUUACUGCUAAAAAUCUCCUGUUGACUUAAUUGAUUUUUAACUUUAAUGGGAAAACAUCACAUUUUCACAAACUGUCUUUACUGAUGACGUCCAAUGUUAUUAGUAAUGUUUAACCCUAUGUGGUUAAUACCUUUAAUCUGCCAUCUAAACAUUGGCCAUUUACUAGUAUACACCACCCAGCAUAUGUUUCUGAGUAGAACAUUAUAUAUUCCAUAGAAAUUUACUUCUAUUUUGCAUUACAAAUUCUGCUGAUUGGUGUAGAAGACAUUCCUUGGGAAUCCACUGAGUGAUUGGUAAGAACCAGGAAACCCUGCUCAAGGUGGUUCUCCUGCUCUCCAUCACAGCAACUUCACAUGCACUUACUGUAACAUAAAAUAGGUACCCCAUGCAUAUUGGGAUCAUGGAGGAGAUGCAUUUUCCGUAGUGUGGGACAUAGGAGGGACCUUGAGCCGUUUGUCAUAAAUUAAUGUUCUACUCUUCUUCAUGGCGGUUGACAUCAAGAGCUCCUAUACGAAUUUCAUUUCAUAAUUGUGGCCUUGUGUUACAUUAUAUAUUCAUUGCAUUAGGAGCUGCUGUCAGUUUAAAAAAAUAUCCAUGGCAAUUAUGUUUAAUGUAUAAAAAAAAAAGUUGUUUUUUUCUGUGGUUUAAUGUGUAACUGCAUUAUAAAGGACCUUUAGGGAAGACGGGGUCCUUAUCAACCUAUUGUUCCGGACAAAAUUUGUAACAGUUUGUCUCAUUUGUUGUUAACUAUUUAUAUUAUAUUGUAAAGCGCAGCAGUAGAAGCUGACAAUAAGAAUAACAAUAAUAAAUCGCAAUGCUUUUUUUUUUGGCAGAACACUUUUUAUAAAUACAAUGUAAUAACUGCCAAUGUCUACCAAAGCAAAACUGCCCAUAUUAUUCAACCAUGUGUGAUAACAGCUUCCAGUCUUUUGCUUGUUUAGACCAUUAUACAAAGGCUAACUUCUUUCACCAACUAAUAUCUUAUACAACGUUAUAUAUUUCUAUCAUUAGAUUUAAAUAUUACUUUAAAGGAGUACUUGAGACACCAUAACCAUUAAAUCACAAGGUAAUAUUUAUGGUGACAUGCGUCUUGCAUUAUCUUCUGGUUAUGUGUCAACAAUUUUUUUUAAGGAUUUUGACACAGUAGGUCCGGCCGGAUCCCGUGCCCAUAGCCCCCGCCACACUACAUUUUUUUAUUGUGGAAUUUACACUUCCAUAAUAGCCUUAUUACUUUAGUCCUUCACUUGACAUGUCCCAAUAUCCUGCGUGUGGGGCUGGAAUGUGGUUGUCCCCAGUUUAUUUAAACCAAUCAAAUAAAAUGUCAAUGAAUCAGAGGCAUGCUUGCACUAUAAGCACUGCAGCAGACUGUGGUUGUUAAAAUGCUUAUAAGGCUGUUUUAUAAGAGGAACUGUCACCUUUAUGUUGGAGAUUGUCACGUUUUUAUUGCCACAGUAAACUGUAGUAAACAUUAGAAUGUGCAUUUUAUAAUUAGGCAUUGAAUUUAUAUUUGGAGAGCAGGGAUGGCUGAUUCUUUUAGAAAGUGAGGGGCUCCAACUAUAUUUUUUUAAAACCUAAUAUAAUAAUGUAUAUUCUAAUGUCCUUCUAAUUUGUAUAUAAACUAAACCAGUAUAGGCAUUUUCAAUUUCAAUAACUACUUAAUUAGAUUACAAAUUCAUCCCAUCGGUUUAUCCUCAGCGGCACACUUAGACAAAUAUUAUUAAUGGAGAAUAAUAAAUUAUUUAAUUUCUCGAGUCAAUCAGAAACCAGUUUGUCAUUUUACCGUUCGCUAUUAUACAUGAAACAGAUCCCACCCGUUCUUUAUUACCUUUUUAUUAUUUCACAACAACUCUACAAAAAUGCCACAGCAAUUUAAAAUUCAUUUUUAGAAUUGUUUUUUCUUUCUUUCACUAUUUGCAAUAGAAAGGGUGGUAUUGUUUUGUAAUUUUCAAUUUAAGUAAAUACCUCAUUUUCAGUGCAUAUAUUGGCUCUGUUAAUCUACAGAGGCAGCCAUCUUAAAUACCGCUUUGGUCCAAGAUACAGGUUAUCUGACCAAAGACCAUACAGAUAGUGGAGAGCUAGUGCACGUUCAUGAAUCCUGGUGUCCUAUUUUAUCACAGGUGAUCUCCAACAUGCUCUUACUUGGUUUCAGCCACUUUGAUGAAUAAGUGGAGUUUCUGAACAAAGAGGACAAAAGAUUUAUUGGGCAGACUAGAUGGGCCAAAUGGUUCUUAUCUGCCGUCACAUUCUAUGUUUCUAUAACCUGUUCCACUAAAACCACUUAAAUCACUGAAAAUCCAUUUCUAUUUCCAUGUAAGUACAAAGAUAGAAUACACCUUAAUAAUGCAAUCUUUUUACAUUUUCAGUGAAAACAAAAUGAUGACUGUUAGUAUAUCCUCUCUAAUAAUGCAUUGAAAAGAGUGUCAAGUGUAAGGGCAGAAUUUUACUGGCUCAUUUACUAAAGUGAACGUGAAAAUUCAUGGUGAAUUUCAAAUGUAAAGUCAGAGUAGCUGAACUGGGAGCAUAGCUGACUUAGAGAAUGUUUCUAGAUCAGCUUUGGACUAUUCAAAGAUUAACAGCUUUUUAUUUUUAUUUUUUCACUUGGGUUGUUCAUUAAAGGGACACUCCAGGCACCCAGACCACUUCUGCCCAUUGGAGUGGUCUGGGUGCCAACUCCCACUACCCUUAACCCUGCAAGUGUAAUUAUUGCAGUUUUUUUAUAAACUGCAAUAAUUACCUUGCAGGGUUAACUCCACCUCUAGUGGCUGUCUACUAGACAGCCACUAGAGGGCACUUCCUGCUCUAUAGCACAGAAAACCUGUGCUAGAGCGUCGCUGGACGUCCUCACGCUGUGUGAGGACCUUCAGCGUCGCUCAAUUCCCCAUAGGAAAACAUUGAAAAGCAUUUUCAAUGCUUUCCUAUGGGGAGCUCUAAUGCGCAUGCGCGGCAUUGGCGCGCCUGCGCAUUAGGUCUCCCCGGCCGGUGGGCAGGAUCAGUCUCGACUGGGAGGAGCGGCGGCGAGCAGAAAUCACUGCCGAGGGACAUCGGCGGGGUCUCAGGUAAGUGACCUGAAGGGGUUUUCACCCCUUCAGCUACCCGGGGAUGGGGGGGGGGAGGGAGAGGGGACCUCCAGUGCCAGGAAAACUGAUUGUUUUCCUGGCACUGGAGUUUCCCUUUAAAGUAUAAUAAUAUACAGGUAGGUGAGAGAGCAGGUUUCCAAACUCGCACAGGGUUAUUCACUAAAAUGAGAAUUGCUGGGAUUGUAAAUUGAAUUUCAAAUGUAAAGGGUAACCGUUUAUGCUCCAUAACAACAUAAUCUAAAUAAAGUUGGUACGGUGCCAGGAGUUGUCCGGGUGCUCUCUUACAUUAAUGGUAAAACCCAGGGAAACUUUUUUAUUAAUGGGAAGCUACUGAUGGGCUUAGUUUCAGCUGACCAUUCUAGCCAAUCAGCAAUGCCGCUGCCAGACGGCACUCUGUACUUCCUGUAACUUAGAUUCUGAAGCUGGUUGCCCCCUGGUGACCUGGAGUUUGGCGCCGCAGGCAACCUUUGGGAUUAUUUAGAUGACGUUGUUAUGGUGGUCAAAGUGUUCUUUUAGGGCCAAACCAGCCCAAAAAUUCUCAAAGUCAGCUAUGCUUCCAGUUUAUCUACUUUAGCCUUAGAGGAACAUUAUAGGGUCAGAAAUAUAAACAUGUAUUCCUGACCCUAGAGUAUUAAAAUCACUACUUAGGUGUCUGCCCCCCUUCCCACCUUUAUUCCAACGCAGCGUGGGUCUGCCUAUGCUAGGUCCGCCCCUGCUCCGCCUAUAGGCUGAGAUCAUCAGAACAAUCUCAGCCAAUCCAGUGCUUUCUUAUAGGAAAGCAUUUGGAAGCUAUCUCACAUAAAACAACGCAUCUUUAUUGGGAAAGUUCAGUGUCUCCAUUCAGAGCUGAAAUGCAGCACUGACCCAGGAAAUACCUCUAGUAGGCAGCAAUGUAAACACAGAUUUUUUUUCUGAAAAGGCAGUGUUUACUUUAAAAAGCAUGCGGAAACAUGCUAUACACACCAGGACAACUACAUUAAGCUGUAGUUGUGCUGGUGACUAUAAUGUCCCUUUUUGAAAAUUCACUUUGAUUUCUCAACAAUUCUCACUUUAGUAAAAUACCCUGACUGAAUUCCAGGCUUUCGACAGUUAAGUGAAUACACUUGUCAGUGUUUGGUUUGAUAUAUAGUUGCUAAUAUGAAAAUUUGAUUAUUUUUUUUUGCCAUAAACUCCAAUAUACCUGCACUCUUUGCUGAUGUUAUAAAACUUUAGGAUGAUAGAACAUUUUUGGGGGUUUUCAAUCAUCUUUUAUUUGCAGUUUGAGGACAAUUUAACCCCUUAAAGACCAAACUUCUGGAAUAAAAGGGAAUCAUGACAUGUCAUGUGUCCUUAAGGGGUUAACGAGCCGAGUGCACUGUGUCACAGUCAGGGGUAUCACACAGCUCGUUUGGAGUAUUCUAAUUAGAUGGUGCUUUUAUAUGUAACAUGACAAUUUUACAGCAUCCCAAAGGAACAAUGAAUACACUACAACAAUUCAAUUUGUGUAACAAGAACACAUGGCAUAAUGGUUUUUAAAAUGUAAUUGAAUAAUGUGUAUGAGCAUUUCCAAAUGUAUCCCCAGGCCGUGGAAACCUGAGUAAUAUCCAUUUUACCAGCAGAAGAGUCAGCAUUAUGUCAACUUAGACAAUAAUGUAAAUUGUCAUUGAUUCAUACAGUGGUUAAUGGUGUUUAAAAGGAGCAAUUAUUGCAGAUUGUGUUUCUAUUCUAUCUGCCUGCACUGCCAUAUUACAGACUGUAGCAUUGCAGGACUGGUCUUUUGAAUGUAAUGUAACAGGGCUCCUGGCACCCGCAGGGUUAAAGCCAUGUCCACCUUACAACCCGUAUGAAAUGCAAACAAUUUGUAGUCCUCGGACUAUGUUACAGCCAGAAUACAUCUACCACUUAAAUGGUUUCUACCCCAAAAUUGGCCCUAUAGAGGGCUACAUGAGUGUUGUGUUUUAUAUCAGAAGGUAAGAUAUGAUAUUAUAGUAAGUCUGUCGUUGUAUAAAGAAAUACAAACUUUAAUUUGUUUAAAAAGGGAACGGCUUUUUCUUCGUCUUAGUACUGCCACUACGCCGUCUGUUUUGGGGGUCCAAGUGACUUCUGCAUGUGGCCAGGCUGAUAGGAGUGUCAGGCCACUGAUUCAUGCAACCUGGCUGCAUUAGUACAUCUUUGUGUGCAUAUAAAAUAAAUACAUCUUUGUGUGCAAAUAAAGAUAAGCAGUCUUUUAGGACAGCCAUCUCUUGGAUUCUCGGAAGUGGGAUAUUAUAGAAAGGAAUGUUUGCAGCUAAGGGGUCCCAUAUCAGGACUGUCCUUCUUGAAUUUGGGACAAUUGUCAAGUAUGCUUAAUGCUAUUUUUUUUUUUUUUAUAUAGUGGAUUUAAAUAUGGGAGUGGAUUCCAUCUUGGAGUGUGUAAGUCACAGCCAAGGGAGUUGUGACUAGGGCUGAAUAAACUUAGUGAUUUAAUUCCAAAAUGGCAAAGAAUUAAGCAGCGAGACUGCAGGGGCAUGAUCUGUGCACCAGAACCACUUCAUUAAGUUAAAGUUAUUUGGUGCUUACAGUGUCCCUUUAAUGGGGCACUUCUGUUUGAAAUUCACUAUGCCUUUUGUGAUGAAUUAUCUUCACAAAGUGUGCGUCAACAAAACAAAACAAAAUCUCCAUAUAGCUGCAUUAUUUAUUUUUAUUUUUGAAAUCCCCCAGAGCUAGUCUAGGGCUAGGCAAUGGAUUAGCUCUAUAAUUCCCUCCUAGUCGGAGUUCAAUGCAGAUAACCAUCCUUUGUGUGUAAUGUUUGGGUUAUGUGGCUGCUUUACUCGGCUCACUUGUAGUAUACAAUAAAGCAACUAAGUAGCAGAAAGACAAACGAAUGUCAGAUAGACCCGUGAUCUACCUCUCUGGGGGCUGAAUUUGUGUUUCUGUUCCAGGUUUGUUCUCCAGUGUCCUGCUUCACUCUGAAAGCGCAUCAUAAGACUGUCUCUCACCGUCACCGAGCAAAAUAAAUUCAGUACACUGAGCCCAUGCACAAUCUCUUUAGCAGUGGUGUCUGCAUGGCCAGCCUGGUCUGCAUUCAUGUUAGACUGACAUACUCCCCCUUUGAGAGCACCGUCAUGUUCCAAACAUCCCAAUGUUGCUUAAUAUACUGACUAUGUGCCUGCCUGAGCCUCCCCUUCUUCUAGUGAUGGCCGAUUGACUUCCAGCAGUUUAUCUCGCUCGGGGGAUCCAUUCACUAAAUGCCGAAUGGCAAUCAAACAGCCACAUGCUGUUCAACUGUCACAAUCCAGCUGGUUUAACCUAGUGGGCUAUUUACAAAAAGUAAAUUGGUUUCAACUGAAUUUGCACUUCCAUUUGGCUACAGUAAAGAUUUUUAAAAUACAGAAUCUCCAUAUGAGUCGUUUGACAAUUCACUAAAAGCCAAAUUGCAACCUACAUUAGUUUGUUCCAAUUUUUUUUGUAGUCUCCAUAAUCCUAAAUCCCUCUUGAAGCCCAAGGAGAAAGCGCAGCUUAGGGAAUAGGGCCCUGACAGGGCUAGGAGGCGGGCUAGGGCCGGGAGCAUUAGUGGGGAUUGGUGGGUCGAUGUUUGAGGGUUGGCUGAUAUAAAGGGUCGGCCAUUUUGUGAUCCCUCACUCUAAUUUCUUGCAGAGUUGGUCCCUCCCUCCCUUUUGUAGCCUUUUUCCCCGCUUGGUCACAGUGGCAGGGUGGGGUAAGGAACAUUAAGGGAAAAUGGGCAUUGCUUAAUAUAGGAGAAAGGGGAGUUAGUUGAUUGGUUUAAAGGGUACAUUGUUCGUACAUGUUUUGGUAGGUUUCGAGUCCGUUGGUGGCUCAGAACCUUGGUGGUGUAGGGUAUCUGGGUAUACCCCUACCAGGUAAAAUUGAUGAAUGUUGGCACUUUACAUGUUAUAGUUAUAUGGCUGUUAUAUAUUGGGAAACGUGCUAUGUUGUGGGUCAUUGCCUUGAUUUAAAUAUGGGAGAGAUUAUAUAAUGUUGGAGGUGUGGCAGGUAUUGACCUUUUUUAUAUAAUUGUAAACCAUAAGUUACUAAUAUUAUCUUUAUUAAAGCUGUUGACAUUUUUGACCCAUACCCAUAAGUGUCAGUGUCUUAUUCGGUGGGAUGGGUUAGGUUCAUGUAUCCCUCCCCUGCCCAUGUGGCGACUAUGCACCUGUCAUGGUUCCCCUAAAUCCUCUUAACCCUGUAAGCAUACCCCAGCACUAAAUCCUAAAGCUACUCUUACAUAUGGAGGAGGGAGGUCUUGUCACAACGUAAUUCUUGUGUAAUUCUGCUUCGUUUCGGUUACCGAUUGGUUGAGCUAUUCUGAAAUUACUCUUGUGGUUCUAAUGAGCUUAAUAUGAUAUCUGGAAGGUUCCAUUUGUCUCGGCUUACUUAGCAUUUGGUCAUUAAGGAAUACAGUGAAUUUUACCAAUUAACUCCGGGACAAUUGACCUGGAUGAAAUCAGCCCAAUUUGGCAUUGACUGAAUAGACCCUUCAGAUUAGUCAGUGGCUGAGCCCUGAACCUACUCUGAUAAGGAUGUCUUUUUUUUUUUUUCAAGAAUGGGACAUAAUGUGUUUCUGAAUUCUGCACAAUCGUUUUUUUUUUUUUUUCUUUUUUCUUCAAAAAAAUGAAAACAAUUCAAAUGAGGCAAAAAACUAAAAUUAAAUGUUUUAAAGUGUUUGUGCUGGAAUGAACCCUCUUGAUUUUUAUGAUUUCCCAUAGAUUGGGGAAAAUGUAUGAGCAUUACUCCAAUUAGUUGAAAACGUGAUAUAAUUACAAUAAUCUCACACAUCUUGUAUGUUUUACUUGUGCCGCACCCAGUUCAAUGCCAAGCAAUAUAUUACACGUGGAGCAUGCCCUGUAUAAACUGGCACAUUUGCUGUCAUUCCAGUAAAAAAAAACCUCCCAUUUUAAUGUAAAAAGAAAUGCCUUGUAAGCCUGGGAAAAAAGCCAGCUGAACAAAUCUUUAUAGUGGAAUCUUCAAACGGCUGAGCUGUGCACCUCGGUGAAUUCGGCAAGUCAGCAAAUCCACGUUUCCAAUUAAUUGCAAAGCAUCGCGCUUCUCAUCCAUUAGGAUACAUUAAACGUUCCCAUCCAAAUUGUAUCAGCUGGUAGGCAAUGCCUCCGCUGUCUUAUAUCAACUGAAUGUGCAGAAACAAGGCCAGAUAUUGAAAUGACAAGUGUCAGAGACUGCAUGGAGUCCAAAUACAAAUUCAGUGUUCAUUUUAACUCUUUCACAUCCUAUGCCUAUACAUUUACUAACUAAAGCAAAUAUACAUUUUACUAAAAUCCCCCUCUGCUUAACUUAACCAUCACUGGUUUUCACUUGGCAGAGAAAGCUCUUCUUCCAGAACUUUAUUCUUUUUCCCUGCAUCUUUGCAGUGUAACUUAUAAAUAUUACUAUAAUAUGUAUACUAAUAUACAUGCCUAUAAAUGUAUGGAUACAUGCACUGACCCAUACAGACAUGCACACACUCACUGACACAUGCACUUAACUAUGUAAGCCGACACACACAUAUGCACUGAUGCAUGCAGAUAGGCACACAGACAUGCACUGACCCAUGCAAAUCGACACACACACAUGCACUGACCCAUGCAGCAGACACACACCUGCACUGACCCAUGCAAAUAGACAUACACACAUGCACUGACCCAUGCAAAUAGACACGCACGCACUGACCCAUGCAGCAGACACACACUCACACACUGACCCAUGCAGCAGACACUGACCCAUGCAGCAGACAUACACACAUGUACUGACCCAUACAGCAGACACACACACAUGCACUGACCCAUGCAAACACACACACGCACGCACUGACCCAUGCAGCAGACACACACUCACACACUGACCCAUGCAAAUAGACACACACACAUGCACUGACCCGUGCAGUAGACACACACACAUGCACUGACCCAUACAGCAGACACACACACAUGCACUGACCCAUGCAAAUAGACACACACACAUGCACUGACCCAUGCAGUAGACACACACAUGCACUGACCCAUACAGCAGACACACACACAUGCACUGACCCAUGCAAAUAGACACACACACAUGCACAGACCCAUACAGCAGACACACACACAUGCACUGACACAUGCAAACACACACACACAUGCACUGACCCAUGCAGCAGACACACACACACAUAGACCCAUGCAGCAGACACACACACACUGACCCAUGCAGCAGACACACACACACAUAGACCCAUGCAGCAGACACACACACACUGACCCAUGCAGCAGACAUACACACAUACACUGGCCCAUUCAGACACAAUCGUGUGGGCUAGGCUUUCCUGGCAUGAGAAUGGGGUAGCCGGUGAGCGAGAUCAUCUUCCCACCGGCCGUGCCGCUCUGAGGCCAUGGUGGCCUUUUGAGAAACCUGGCCCUGCUCACAGUACAACUGUCAAUGUGGAUGAAAUGUCAUUGCAGCUUUAGAGCGCCCGGUGUCCGGAGUGAGGGAGGAUAGGCUUUAAGCACCCUGAAUAGAUUGUUUGCAAUCUGUAAUAGCAGCUUUACAGUGCAGAUAUGUGUACCUAUUGUUACUGUAGUUGGCCAACGAGCUCACAUAUAUAAAUUAUUUUUGUACCCUGGUGGUAUUUUUAUCAAGCUGCGUUCUCUCAAAUAUCAGCUGGUUACUAACAAAUACUCAUAAACCGCAAAAAUGUUUCUCCUUUUUUUCAUUCCAAAUAUAUAUGUGACGACUGGUCAUUUACAUGAUGCGCUAUUAUUUUAUGAUGUCUACCAGGUGAUGAGCACACAAAUACACUGUAAAACUUGCUGUGUACAAACUUCCAAAUGGCAUGUCCCAGCAUGCCAUUGCAGAACAUAGAUACCCAGUUACAUAGCUGAAAAGAAACAUGUGUCCAUUAAGUUCAUCCUUUCUUACAUUGGUUAUUGCUGUUGGUCCAAAAGAAGGCAAAAAAUCCAGUCUGAAGCUCAUCCAAUUGGAAUAAAUUCCUUCUUGACCUCAGAAUGGCCAUCCGAUAUCUCCUUGGAUCAAAAAGCUAUUACCCCUCUAAUUUAAAUAAAUAAAUAUAUAUAUAAUGUUUUUGCAAGUAUUUAUCUAAUUGAUGUUUAAAUAUCUGUAUACAGUGGUGUAUCCUGGUUUUGUGCUGCCCUAGGCAAGACAAAACUCAGGCGCACCCCAACCCCCUCACCCCCGCGCGCUUCCCCCACCCAUCCCUUCCCCCCGCCCCGCCUUCUAAAUACACACACACACGCACACUCACUGACAUAUACGCAUACACUAGCUAACAAAAACACAAACUCACUGACAAACACAGACACACACUCACUAGCAGACACACACACUCACUGACACACACACUCACUGGCAAACAUACACACACAGUCAGACACACACACACAAACACACUCACUAGCAGACACACACACACUCACACUAACAGACAUACUCACUAACAGACACACUCACUCACAGACACACACACACACUCACAGACACACUCACUAACAGACACACUCACACACACACUAACAUACACACUCACUAACACACACUCACUAACAGACACACUCACACACACACUAACAGACACACACACACUCACAGACACACUCACUAACAGACACACACACACACACUCACAGACACACUCACACACACACUAACAGACACACACACACUCACACACUCACUCACAUUAACACAUGUAUUUUUUUUAACCCCCCCCCACCCCCUCCAGCCUCCUUACCUUUGAGAAUGCUGGGGGAGGGGGGGCUCAUUAUCUCCCUGGUGGUCCAGUGGCUGACGGUCAGGCUGAUGGGCUGGCUGCUGGGCGGGCGGCUGGCGAGGGAGCUCUUCCUCUGAGCUGCCUGCUCAGCUCCCUUGUGCGCCGCACAGUGAGGCUGGGAGCCGGAAGAUGACAUCAUCAACCCGGCUCCCAGCCUCACUCUGCGGCGCGCGAGGGAGCUGAGCAGACAGCUCAGAGGAAGAGCUCCCUCGCCAGUCGCCCGCCCAGCAGCCAUGUCUGUUAGUCGCAAGGCUACCAAGGCAUUUGCCCUGGGCAUUUGGGGGCGGCUUUUUUUGCCGCCCCCUGAAAAAUGCCGCCCAAGGCAAAUGCCUCGUUUGCCUCGCGGCUAAAACGCCCCUGUCUGUAUAGACUUUGAUAAAACCGCAUUUUCAAGGAAGAGAAUUCUACAUUCUUUUUGUUACUGUAAAAAACAAAAACCUUUCCUUUGCCUUAGACUAAAUCUCAUUUUUUCCAGUCUAAAUGCGUGACCUUGUUUAAACAAUUGUAAAACAAUUUGUUUAAUGCCCUCUGUCACCCAUUAAUGGUAGUUAUUCUGGCCGCCUAUUAUAUGGGUUUCCAACCAUUCUCAUACUACUCCUUUGGAAUCCUGUGUCAAGUGUGCAGUGUCUACAGGGUUAACAGUGAUUCAAUGUUGCCAAAUCAUACUUACCCAUACUUUAUUUUGGAUAAAUAAUAAUGAGGUGUAAUUUUGGCAUUGGGUGCCAGGAAUCAUGUGUACUUGGCAGUAUCCCUUUAAAUUAACUUCUAGGUCCUAUAGAAUAUACACUAUUUUUAAAACAUAAGUAUAGCACAUGGCAUAUUAUCCACAAUAGUUAUUAACGAGUGUUAUUAUGUUACAGGCUCAAAGAAGGGAAGAGAUUAUUGCACUGCUGAAAAAGCAAAGAGAAGAUCGAAUUAAGGUAGUAGGAAUCCUUUCAGCACAAAAAAUACAAAUGUCUCUGACGGGUACAUCUCAUGUAGUAUAAAUGGGUAUGCAGCAAUACAUGGUUAGUUGCAUACAUGUGGCUUCUGCACACUUUCUUAUAUGUUUAUGGGAAAAGUCUUCAUUUUCUGACAUUUUGUCCCACUUUCAAAAAGGUGGAAUUUAUGGGCAAAUAGUUAAUACAAUAAUCACUGCAUCUGGUUUCAUACAAAAAUAAGGAUGAUUUUUCAUGAUAAUCUAUCAAAUGCAUCAUUUCACAAAGUCCUUGGCUGGUAACUGAAGCAGAUUCAUUUAUUUUAUAUUGGGUCUGAAUCAUAAAAAGGUGAGACACUGUAUAUCACAAAAUGAAAGUAUUAGUACCGCUGCAGUAGUGAUAUAUAACAGCAUUGCCUGCCAUUGUUUUCAGACUACCACCCUGAUCUUUAUUGAUUUAUUUUUAAUUUGAGUAUUAAUGACGAGAUAAUCGAGAGGGCUAGAAAACAGGUCUGCAAGGAGGCACACCUGGUUCCAGUCCUAUUACCCUAAUGGAAAUUACUAAGUAAAGGUAAUUGGCAUUUAGUGCCUAAUUUACAUAAGCAUAGAAAAUAAAAAAAACUUUAUUGUCCAAUAUUGGAUAAACACAUCUAAAUAUCCCAGACACCAAAAAAAGUGAAAAAAUUAUUAAUAUUGAAAAAAAGGAGAUGAUAGUAAGUAUAAAAAUAGGACCAAAUACUUGAGCUAAUGUGUACAAAGUGUACUAAUUACAAAAUAGCCAGGUAGUGAUACUGAUGAAGUGGAAACAGUAUCUGAGUGGAGAUAUACAGUGUAUACAUAGGUAGAUGCAAUAAGGUAACCCUAGUUGUACUGGCCAAGUGGCAACAGAAUGUGUAUAUCUUAUAAUUAGUCAAGCUCAAAGUAAUGUCAAUCUGUCUGUGUGGCUCUAAGUACAGCAGGAUCAAAUAGGUGUCUGGCUUGUCAGAGAGUAUCUGGGAAGUCCACAGCAGACCCCAGAUAAAAUAAAAUCAUGGUCGGGAAAACGGACAGUGGAGAACAUAAAAGAUUAGAUUGCUUCUCCCCUAUUAUGAUAGUCUCUGACAGCACCUAAAUGUAGGUAAUGGAGCGCACAGUUCUACCCUGAUAAAAUUCAGGGCAUCAAUAUCAAAGAGUAAAAAACAAAACCGGCUUGAAUAAACCUAUAUAGGGUAAAGUAUAUAAAAUCUGAAGUAGAUAUUUAGUAGAUAACCCCCAAAAAAACGGUUCUAGGCUUCAUUGGCAGAUAAGGGAUAGCAUCCAGUAUACUACUGCAGAUCCCUAAAUGGACUCUUAAGAUAGAUAGUGCACUAAUGAAUCUCUGGGUCACAGGAUAGAUUAUUCAGUACUUUGCUGGAAGAGUCCCUGGGAAAAGGAGCCCACUAGAAUGGAUAGAGCAACUGAAUGCGUAUCAUAUUUGUAGUGUCUGGUAUUGCUCAGGUAUGCUGUGCUAAGCUUAAAGGACCACUAUAGUGCAAGGAAAACAUAUUCGUUUUCCUGGCACUAUAGUGCCCUGAGGGUGCCCCCACCCUCAGGGUCCCACUCCCGCCGGGCUCUGGGGGGAGGAAGGGGUUAAACUUACCUCUUUCUCCAGCGCCGGGCGGGGAGCUCGGCGCACAUUCAGCCAGUCCAUAGGAAAGCAUUCACAAUGCUUUCCUAUGGACGCUGGCGUCUUCUCACUGUGAUUUUUCACAGUGAGAAGCGCAGAAGCCCUCUAGCGGCUGUCAAUGAGACAGCCACUAGAGGCUGGAUUAACCCUAAUAUAAACAUAGCAGUUUCUCUGACACUGCUAUGUUUAUAGAAGAAAAGUUUAACCCUAGCUGGACCUGGCACCCAGACCACUUCAUUAAGCUGAAGUGGUCUGGGUGCCUAUAGUGGUCCUUUAAGGAGUAACAACUGAACAACGGUGUGCUUAUCAUUGUAGUAUCCAGUAUCGCUCAGGUAUGCUGUGCUUCAACUGGAGGAGUAAUGAACUGCCUAUCGAGAGCUAGAUAAACCCAUAUCUCAGAAAGACCCAGAACCCUAGGCUAAAAAUAGCUGCAGAGAGGUCUAAAUCUAAAAACCCACAGAAAUGUGGAGUCUACCUCAGUAUAGAGUAUAGAGCUACUCUUGCUGUUAAGUACAGUUCAAUCCUUGAUCUCCUGAAGUUACUUCUUUCCUGCAAGACCUAGCCUGGACAACAAUUCAGUUACGUGCCCUCGCACAUCUGUGGAAGUAUUUAAAGGUGUACCCUCAUUUUGUGUCCCUUAGACUAAAUCCGUAGCGCUCUACUGGUUCUGAGAUUGCUGGGGGUAUGGAAUAGUUUGAGUUAUUGUGGUAUAUUUGCUAAUUUAGUGUUAGACGUAGUCGUAUCUGCCUAGAUUUACUGGCAAGUUCAAAACGUGAUUUCUGAAGUUUGUAAUCAGAUGUGUUUCCUUUAUUCAGAAAGAAGCCAUUUCCCUGCCAUUUAAACCAGUAGUUACAGAAAGAGAACAAAGGUAAGUGUCUUUGCAAUCCUUGUGAGAAAAUACUAUGCCUUAAAGGAGUACUAUAGUGCCAGGAAAACAAACUCAUUUUCCUGGCACUAUAGGGUCAUUAGGUCCCCCCCACCCUCAGGGCCCCUCUCCCGCUGGGCUGAAGGAGUUAAAACCCCUUCAGCCACUUAUCUUUCUCCAGCGCCGGGCUCCCUCUGUGCUGGGGAACUCUCCACCCCCUGCCGACAUCAGAUCCGAAUGCGCAUGCGCGUCAAGAGCCGCGCGCGCAUUCAAACCACCCAUAGGAAAGCAUUACUGAAUACUUUCCUAUAGACAUCUAGUGUCUUCUCACUGUGAUUUUCACAGUGAGAAUCGCGGAAGCACCUCUAGCGGCUGUCAGGAAGACAGCCACUCGAGGCUGGAUUAACCCUCAGUGAAACAUAGCAGGUGAAAUUUCAUCAAACAUUUAUGUUUUUAAUCCACACAUUUACUGCAUGGUUGCUUAGAGUGCCCAUUUUAUAUACUCCUGGGCCUACCGGACAGUUUCUUGUUUUAUUAUUGAAGAUAAAUCUGUUUUUUUAUUUUUUCCAGAAUAAACCCAUUUAUUCUAUAUAGCUUGAACAUUUGGUUUUCUAAUUUUUAUCACUCAGUUGCAUUUUAUCUAAUUAGGAGCUUAUAAAACACACAUUUUGAAGUAUUUUAUAGCUAACAUUUAAUAACACUUAAUUAAAUUUAUAAAGCAAAGCUGAGGUUUUAAUGUUCUUAGCUAUAAUCCUAUUGAACAGGACUAUAUGUGGUUAUUCAGAGUGUUUAGUGGGUCUGCGUUGAUUGCUUUGCUAUUUAGCCUGCACAGAGAUAAACAUUUGCCAAUAUUGCUCUUCUUGUACGUGUAUUGUCAUGUUAAUAUCACCCAAAUGCAGGGCUGAAGUCAUGGCUGCUUAUUUAUGAACCGAGGGAUAUAUGUGUGUGUAUAUAUAUAUAUAUAUAUAUAUAUAUAUAUAUAUAUAUAUAUAUAUAUGUAUGUAGAAAGGCCAUUAGGCCUGAAUUUGUGGGAGGAGUAAGUCCCCUACUUAAGCUCCCAGCCCCUACUCACCGCUGCCGCUCAGCUGAUUGUCCUUAGCAACCAGCACUUCCGGUCCAGCUUCCCGCCAGAACUGUACCUGUCUCCAGCAGCCAGACGCCCUGUGCAAUCCUCCGUCCAUCCGAGGUCCUUCCACUCCGUUUCCCUCCGGUCGAGGUACCCGACUUCCGGUCACGAGACCGGCGCGUUCACGUAAGCAAGGCGUGGGAAUUAGCGUUCGCUAUUUCCCCGCCGUUCGGGCCUAAAAACGUAGGGGUAGGCUCCCUCUUUCGCAUUUUCACGAAUACACGCUUUCGUUUAUAUCUCCAUUCGCGCCAAAAAAAACGCACGAACGUUCGGCUCAUUUUCGCUAUCGUUUUAUGCUUUUUCGUACGGAAACAACCGAAUAAAUAUUUCAUGUUUAAACUCAUUAUUAUCUGUAUUCACUUUUCCGUUCGGUUAUUUCAGCAUCAACCUAUUCGUAUGCUUAAUUCACGUACACCAUCUUACUAAUUUACAUUCGGUUAUUUCUAUUCUUUUAAGAUAAGCUGACAUAAGUUCUAAUCACAGUCCUACUAUUAUUUAUUCCUACAUAUGAGUUCGCGGUUACAUUAUAUGGUUAACUACCAGCCCUGUGUUUUUCUACCUUGUUAAACCAUUUAAAGUAUUUUUCUGUUAUAAACAUGAUAUUCACCACGGUUCAUAACUUCAUACGUGUCUAAAUUCAAGCUAUAACAUUCUUUCCUAAUAACACUCAGAUAAGUCUUUUUAAACACUAUUUACAAGUUAUACCCUUUACACAUAAUCCGUACUAUUCCUUGCACAUAAAUCACGCUGUCACAUCUUUUGGCUUUUACAGAUUGCAUCGGUCUCUUGCUUUUCUGCAUUAAAGUUGUUAUUUCAAGGUCCUUUUAUUACAGGAACAGGUAUGGUUUUAUCACCUUGAGUUAUCAGGUUUUAUCAAUUAUCUUCACAUCUAUGGCUAACUAUGGUAUUUUUCUUGGUUAAACCCUUAGAUCCUUGUAUUAAUCUAAGCUUCCACCGUUUCUACGCAGUUAACCUGCCACGAUUAAACAAGCUCUGUACUUUAAACAAAGGUAUAGUUCACUCUCUUUUCAAUACUAGACCUCACGCGGUCUCAACUCCAUUACUACCUUCCCUCAGGCUUACGCCCAGGAUACGUUAUCUCUUUACUACUUGUCUACACAGACUUUCGGUCAUACGGCCACCAGGCUCAAGAAGACACCAAAUCCUGACACGGUACACAGCCAUACCUUCAGGUACUUACAUCCUUACUCAAGUACGUCCAUUCGCUACCCCAAGGCCUCAUUCUGCCUUCUCAAUCAUAUCCAAAAUCAUCCCAUUCCUACACCUAAACCUCCCAGAUCCCUCAAUGCAGGAUCUCACGUCGUGCCCCUAACAAACCUUCUCCCUAUACUAUUCAUACGACAUCACGAUACGUAUAAACACAUCAACAUCUGUCUUAAACCCCCAGGAUUCUUCCUCAAAGACAACAUUUAAGACAAGACUCUCUACACUUACCAGGAGGCUCCAGAUACCAUUUGCGACCAGUCAAGGUUAGUAUCCACACACCAUUCCAGUCCUCUAACUUUACCCUUUAGCAUACUAUCGAACUGGCUAUACGGCACAGGCUAAUGCCUUAGCCCACCCUAUCAGGAAAUCUGAUCCCGCGAGGCCUACCACCCCCACCCCACCUCAACACGGAGGUACGGCCCCACGCCCAAAUCAUAGUUAUAAGCCUCGCAUGCCUUACUAUAGGGCUCUAGUUAGGGCCUCACCUGUCACGGCCACACGUUUUGAUUUCUCUUAUCGUCACCGAGAGGCCAACAUCCCGCCACCACGUCUGUGGCACCUACGUCAUAAGCCAAAUCAUAGGUAGAGCCUCUCAUCGCCACUUGGCAUUAGCAGGGCCUCACCUAUCCAGUCAUUCAAUAGUUAAGUUUUUCGCCUCGGCAUCUAGCAUUAAAGUCCAGUUCUUCAAGACACACCACUCCCCAUACCCCCCCCUUCUUACCUCACUCCCCUUCUAAUAUAUCUUUCACAUAAUCAUUCCUUUUUAGAAUGUCCCAAGAACCAAUUCCAACCGAAGAACUGACAGAAGAAGCACCAUUCACGCCAAUCAGACCCGUGUCUCCAGGCGAAUCACUCACUCUUUCAACCCCCACGUCCUUGAGAGCAUGGACUAUUCCCAAAAUCACAGCCGAGCUUAGGCUCAGGGGAAUCCCCUUUCCGGCCACAGCUAGAAAGGCAGAACUUUACAGGCUGCUUACCCACCAAGUCCCCGAGCCUCGGCCGGGAACUAGCUCUCAAGGACAACCACCAAGUAACAGCACGGCCACCCAGGAUACCCUGGCAGAUAUCUUGGCCAAUCUACAGGCCCUCAAUAGCAGGCUGUCUAAGGUGGAGAGCGCCAUCUCCUCCUCAGGUACUAACACCGUAGUCCCAGUCUCUACCACGGCUGUACCUGCCAUACCUUCAUGUCCCUCUAUACUCCCCCCUCCAGCACCUGGCACAGCCAUCACACCUUUCGAGUCACCAGCACACUCCGUCCCAGAUUCUAUCAGGAAAGAUAUCCUUGACGGGAAGGAUGUGUGUCUGGUGUCUUUACUCAUAGCCUCUCAGGAUGUACUCGAGAACAAGGCAUACAAUUAUGGUGACAUCUCUGUUGUGCUUAAAACGAGGGAUCCCAGGCUUAAUAAAAAAUUGUCUAUCCCACAGUUUGUGAUAGCUUUCGGGAUAUACCGCGACGUCAUUUGCACGGUGUAUCCCCAUAGGAGAGAAGAGCUAGAUCUCUAUCUCCACAAGGUAGUGGAUCUAGGCAUCAAGUACGGGGGCUCUUCCUUCUAUGACUACCACAAGUCAGUCUCAGCGAAGGCGGCGACCCAUCUCAAGCAGUUCAACAUUAGAAUGAACUGGGGUCAGAUGGACACUGAACUUUUCUGUCGCCACUUCGCCGGACUCAGGCCCCCGGCUUGUGCCAUCUGUAAUUCCACAUCCCACAUGGCGGACUUAUGUCCCGUCGAACCAGAUCCCACCACCUCCACUCUCACCCCUCACCCCACGUUCACACCUCACUCCUCUUUCACCCCUCACAAGCCAGCGGGUGGUCUCCGGGAUAAGCUGGGUAGGCCCAUCUCCUUUUUAGGUAAAGCACAGGUGUGCAAUAAUUUCAACGCAGGCUCCUGCAGUUUCAGCGCCUGUAGACUAUUGCACAUCUGCUCCAUAUGUUUCAGGGCACAUACCAAGACCAUGUGUCCAGCCAGGUUGUCACCAAACAAAUGACUAACCGACAUUAAUAUCGACAACCUGGUUUUUUAUCUAAGGUGUCACCCCAGCAGGCACUUAGUGGAUUUUCUCACCACAGGUUUUUCACAAGGGUUUCACACAGGCAUAAUAGCCAUUCCCCCAGGUACACUAGAAUGUCCUAAUCUCCAGUCUGCACGUUUAGACCCAGUCGCUGUAGACACUCUCAUUUCCGCAGAAACCACAAACGGUUUCAUGAUCGGUCCUUUCACCUCUUCACCGUUUUCCUCCUGGCGCACUAACCCUAUUGGUAUUGCUAUUCACAAAUAUUCUAAUAAAAAACGUCUCAUUAUCGAUUUAUCGGCACCGCACUCCUCUUUUGUUCCAAGCAUAAACGCACUCAUUCCAGCAGACGAAUUCUCUCUGCAGUACGUCACCAUCGACGACGCUAUACAGUCUAUCAUGACAUCUGGUAAUCGACCCUGGCUCAGCAAAACAGACAUCACUAACGCCUUUAAAUUACUGCCCAUACACCCCUCACUCUGGCACUUACACGGUGUUAAAUGGCGAGGGUAUUAUUACUUCUCAACACGACUCACUUUUGGUUCCCGAAGCAGCCCCAAACUUUUCGACAUUUUCGCUGAGUCACUAUGCUGGCUGCUUCUGAAUGUCAUCAGGUGUCACUCCGUUAUUCACUAUCUAGAUGACUUUCUACUGAUAGAGCCAGGGUCAUCAACACCCACAGCAAUCAAUAGUACUACCGCACUUUUUUCCACACUUGGAGUCCCUUUGUCCCCAGCCAAAACUAUAGGACCCACCACAAAGUUGACCUUUUUAGGCAUAGAGCUCGAUUCUGUCAAACUCAGAGCUAGCCUUCCACACGACAAACUUUCACGAUUGAGAGGGGAGAUAGACACGUUCCUGCGGAAUGACGUUUGCACCAGGAGAGAACUUCAGUCCCUUCUUGGAUCUCUGAACUUCGCCAUGCGCAUCAUUCCGCAGGGAAGGUCUUUUAUUUCCAGACUUCUUUGCCUGCUCCAUGGAGUCCCGGACUCCGGCACAGUUUCUUUGGACCCCCACGCCAAGGCUGACUUAGCUAUGUGGGGGAAGUUUUUGAAAGACUGGAAUGGUAUCUCCAUGUUUAUCCCCCCUCUCUCCACCUCUUCACCCAUCAUCCACACAGACGCAGCAGCCAACACCGGUUUCGCAGCCAUUUUCGGGAACCACUGGUUUAGGGGCCACUGGCCCACUGAGACGGAUGCCUUGCCAGGAUUCAGGGAAACCUCAACCCUAUUUGAAAUUUACCCCAUUGUGGCGGCCGCACACACCUGGGGUCAUCUCUGGUCCGGCAAGGCAGUAAAAUGCUACUCAGAUAACUCGGCAGCUUGCGAUAUUAUUAACAAAGGGCGCUCAUCAUCCCUAACCAUCAUGCGGCUGAUUCGCAAGUUGACCUGGCUGGCAGCAUCCAAUCAGUUUCACUUAGUAUGUUCUCAUAUCCCGGGUAUUCACAACACCGCCGCUGACGCUCUUUCUCGUUCUCGAUUCCAGGCAUUUUCUCAGGCACUCCCAGCAGCUCACCAUCAGCCAUCCAGGACACCACGGUUUCACGAACUAAUAUUGGAUUAAGCACACUCUUGCUUCACGCUAGAUCACUCACUCACCAAGCAUUAUCACCCAACACUGCUAUCACUUACAAUAGGGCACUUAACAUAUUUAACAAAUUCACUGCAGAAUUCGGGCUACAAGGUGACUUUUCUAUCCAAACCAUGGUGUCUUUUGCCUCUUUCUGCCACCUACACCUUAAUCUGUCACACAACACCAUUAAACUUUACCUCACCGGGGUUCAGCACCACAGCCUCACCAAUUUUCCUAACAGCACCCCCUUUUUGUCUUCAUACCCCAUAAAAAAGGUCUUGAAAGGCAUAUCUAAGGUUUCACCACCACUCGCAAGCACUAGAUUACCCAUAGACGGGCCUAUCUUCAGGUCUCUUAGCAAUCUCCUUGACACAGCCCCAUUUGAUAGCUACACCAAUACGGUGAUAAAAUCUGCCAUAUAUCUCGCUUUCUACGGUUUUCUCAGACCUAGAGAGUUCACAGUGAUUUGUCAAGGAGAUAUCGCACAAUGCCUUAAAACUUCACACCUCACCAAGGUAGAGGAUCACUACCUCCUCUCUAUCCCUACCACUAAAACCAACCGGUCAAUACAUCCUACAAUAAUUCCUCUCUUCCCUACUGAUAAUGCCUGGUGUCCGGUGAAAGUUCUCGACCAACUACGGUCUACUUUUCGCACUCACCUGCCAGACUCUCCGCUCUUAACAUUACAAGGGCACCCGCUUACCACGGCAAAAUUGAUGUCACAUGUCAGAACCCUGUUAUCUAAGCUCGGACACAAUCCGGCUGCAUUCUCCGGGCACUCCUUCCGCAUAGGAGCCGCCUCAGUAGCCUCAAGCACAAACGCACCGGUCCACAUCAUCAAAAGGCUCGGGCGAUGGAAAUCCUCCAUAUAUAACGCAUAUAUUCCGCAACCAGAGAAAGAGCUUCGCCAAGCUUUCAGAAACUUGGUCUUGUAAAAUGCAAUAAAGUGUGUAUUUUCUCGAAUUUAUCUUUUUGCCCUCUUUUAUUUACAGGCCCACUCGUACGUUGGUUUCGGCACACCACAACCAACUUUGCUCACAGUUACUAUCCAUCACGUAUUUAAAUUCCGAGCACAAAUAUAUAUAUAUAUAUAUAUAUAUAUAUAUAUAUAUAUAUAUAUAUAUAUAUAUAUAGAAACAAUCGCACUCUUGGAGCUUUCAUCAGGACAGGUAACAUCUCCAUGUUGGAGCUGAAACGUUGAUAUUUUAUAUGGAAUAAAUAAAAGCUAAAUUUUACUACUUCAACCAAGUUCAAAGAGUGCGAUUGUUUCUACACCCAUAUCUACCUUUGCCACAACCAGCACCGGGCACUACAAAAGUCUUCUUGGAGUGCAAGUUAUACGAUGUGUGUGUGUGUGUGUGUGUGUGUGUGUGUGUAUGUAUAUAUAUGUAUGUGUGUGUAUAUAUAUAUAUAUAUAUAUAUAUAUAUAUAUAUAUAUAUAUAUAUAUAUAUAUUGCCUGGCCAAAACAAAGUUGCCUCCUGGAUUUAACUAAGCAAAUAGGUAAGAGCCUCCUAUUAGUUAAUCCAUGGGCGAUUAUCUUUCAGCUGGCAACAAGUUAUUUAACCCCAACUGAUGCAAUGAGCUUCUCAUUUCUUAAACAACCAUGUUGAAAAACACAUCCCGUGGUCGUGGAAAAGAUGUUAGUCUGUUUGAGAAGGGUCAAAUAAUUGGAAUGCAUCAAGCAGAGAAAACAUCUAAGGAGAUUGCAGAAACUACUAAAAUUGGGUUAAGAACUGUCCAAAGCAUUAUUAAAAACGAGAAGGAUAGUGAUGGGUGCAUCAGGGUAUGAAGAGAGGCAGAUGAAGUGAUGCACCCAUCAUGCCUAGUGCCAACUGUACAAGCCUAUGGGGGCAGUGCUAUGAUCUUGGGUUGCUGCAGUUUGUCAGGUCUAGGUUCAGCAACUUUAUGUGCCCAAAAAAAUGAGGUCAGCUGACUACCUGAAUAUACUGAAUGACCAGGUUAUUCCAGCAAUGGAUUUUUUGUUCCCUGAUGGCAUGGGCAUAUUCCAAGAUGACAAAGCCAGGGCUCAAAUUGUGAAAGAGUGGUUCAGGGAGCAUGAGACAAUUUUCACACAUGGAUUUGCCACCACAGAGUCCAGACCUUAACCCCAUUGAGAAUCUCCGGCAUGUCCUGGAGAAGGCUUUGCGCAGUGGUCCGACUCUCCGAUCAUCAAUACAAGAUCUUGGUGCAAAAUGAAUCCAACACUGGACAGAAAUAAAUCUUGUGACAUUGCAGAAGCUUAUCGAAACAAUGCCACAGUGAAUGCGUGCCGUAAUCAAAGCUAAAGGCGGUCCAAAGAAAUAUAAGAGUGUGUGACCUAUUUUUUUGGUGGUGACCUUUUUUGGGGCCCGGCAGAGAGAGAGAGUGAGUGAGAGUUAGAGAGAGAGAGAGUGCGUGUGUGUGUGUAUAUAUAUUUUAUUUUUUAUUUUAUUUUUUCGAACAAUAAAGCUGAAAUAUAUUUAAUUUCUCUUUAACUCAAUUGUUAAAAAUCAGAAAUCAUGUCCAAUCACUACACUGAUGGAUCACAGGGAGAAGCAACAGAGAGGUCACCAGGGGCUACUAUACCGCCCCCUCUUAUCCAUGGCCUCUGCAGAAAAAGAACUUGAACCAUUUGCAUGGUCCAUUCAAAUUGUUCCAGCACUCAGACACCCAGCCACCUAGCUACACUGUCUACAUAGGAAUUUGGGUUUCAAAUAAGACCCAAAUCCAUCAAAUUCAGCCUUUCCCAUAUCCUUGUUGCUAUUGAUGAUGAGACAUCAGUAAAAAUCUUCUUGACUCCAAAGUGGCAACUAGUAUCCAGAAGCAAAUAGUUUUCCAUGUAUUCCUUUAUAUUCUACAGUGACAAUCUUCCUGUAUGUAAGGAGGUUUUAUGAUUUCUAGAUAUCUACAAAGUGAAUGUAUCCUACUCUGAGCUGAUAAGCCUACUGCUUGCUAAAUCGGUGAGACGUUAAAGGUUGCUAAGGUCAGACUGUGAGGACAGGAGUGAUUGCUAUUGGUCGAAAAGGGACUCUGCAAGAACCUUACAUGUAUCUGACAGAACACGACGCAAACAAAAGUGUUUUUUGCAAAAUUAAAUAUUUACCUCUGGCCUAACUUGAAACCAAGGCCACCUCCUCUGUCACAGCUCCCCACAAUCUGUGGACAGUUGAUACACGACAACAGAAUCUGAUUCCAUCCUGAGCCAAAUCUCACACCUCUACAGAAAUGGUUGUUUGUUUACUGAGCCCACUUGGUGACCAGGUAGCAAAAUAUGGAAUCAAGGCAUUUCAGUGCCACUUGCAAUUUCCUUCUUUUACCAAUUACUUUCUUUCACUAGCUGUAAUGCUUUCUGUGGUAAAUAUAGAGCUGAACUGUAUAACGAAAAACCUUUUCUGCUCAGGUGUCAUCAGUAGAAUAAUACUACCACCAGGAUUUGCUUAGUGUUUUAAAUUAUUUAAGUGCAUAAUUCUUAACCUUAGACGUAUAUAAACAAAAAGAAUAUGAGCAUUGUAACAUUUAAUUUUGCUGUUUAAUGUGAGGUUUAGAGUUUCCUCCCUUGUGAAAACAAAUCCAUUCAUGAAUAAUCGAAUAGCACAGUCCCUGUGUGCUUGUUGUGUUGUUUGCUUAUUGCUUUGUAACUGCUAUCACUGAUAUAGAUCUAAACAGCAUCCAAGCCCCUAACACGCAGAAAAGGACUUAGGCUAUUAAUUAAUGGAAACGCUUUUAUUCCAAGUUGCUAAUUCUCCUCUAGGGAAGUUUCGCCCUAACAGUAACAGUAAUCGCCAUAUUUUACCAGCGUUUCUUUUACUUUUUCCAUGAGACAUUCAGUUAGUCCUUUUAAUAAACAGCCUAUGAAUGUGCCAGCAAGUAAUGUGUUAACAAAAACUGAAAAGGGGUUUCCAGGACUCCCUAAUAGCCAGGUGAGCACUAGCAGUGUUGUGAAAUAAGAGUCUUAAACUGUUUUAUAGCAAGAGAGGGACACAGACUGAGAACCCCCCACUGAUACAUCAUUAUGAAGGUAAAUAAGAAGGUGGGGUACCGUUAAAUGAAUGCAGGGGUCUCCUGAACCCAUCCAUAAGAAGGAGACCACCUUUGGCUCCCUUCUAUCCCCUUUUUAAAUGUACAGUAAGGGAGGACUUAUUAAAAGGUCUUGGUAAUCCCCUCUUUUUAAGUGGGAAGCUAAGUCUCCUAUUUGGUCACCAAAUGUAUAUGAGUGGGCUGUUAAUUAGCAGGAUCUCCCCCUUUAUUACACAUGAAAACUGACUGGGGGAGCAGUUAUAUGAAAUUAUAAAAUAGAUUGCAUGCGCUUUGCCAAGCAGCAUCUCCAUGGGGAGUGUUUGGUGCCUUUAUCCUGAGCAUGAAGACAGCGUAUAUUAGGCCUUCAAAUAUUGCAGAACCACACAAUGAAGCCCCUCUAGCAGCUCUCAGAAAAGGCAGUGUAGAAAAUGCUGAGACUGUCUCUUUGCCCCAUUUAGACUGCAGUGGUUUUGAUGCAUAGUGUCCCUUUAAUUUCAAAUCAUUUGUCUUCAACUCUGCUGUUUUGGCCUUACAUUUGAAAUUCAUGUUGCAUUCACAACAGCCCAUACUUUAGUGAGUCCAUCUGUUAAUGGUUGAUCAUUCUUUUAAAUACUGUACCCCCUGCACAAUAAUUGCUGCUACAGAGUUAAUUCUGAUGUAUAAACAUUUUAAAAUACUUGGUAUCUGCUAAAUAAAAUGGUUAAAUCCAUUGCAAAUUGCCCCAAAUUCUUAAACAAUAAAUUAUGUUUUGUUUUUUCUCUGCAGGUCUUGUCCAUCUCACAAUGACAUAGAAGUUCUGGAAGAUGUAAAGGCUGUUCGUCAGCUUCAAUAAUUCUCUUCUAAACCGUGUAAUAAACCCUAGAAUUUUAUGGAUACUCCUUUGGCAAUACUAUGCUAAGCUGUAAGAUAUUUUAUGUUUAAAGACUCUUUUAGGAUAAUCAGUGAGUCCACAAAUAUUGUAACGUGUGUUUAAAAGUGGGCCUCCAAACCAGGACUGUAUCAAAAUAGGUUAGUAAGCAUAUGCCAUGUUUAUCUUGCAUUAGAGAUCAACAUAGAGGCUUCAAAUAUCUAUCUAUAAAUCUAUCUAUCUUAUACAUUGGAGAUUAAAUUUAAUGACUUCAAUGUCAACAUAUAAGGGGUCUAUUCACUAAAAGUUGAGUAAACGAACACCUAUAUCUACAAAGGUUUACAAGAAGUGAAACUAAUAUACAGCCUGGCAAUAAUAGUAGCAGUUAUACAUAAUACAUGUGUCAAGGUCUAAACCUGUAAGUACCAGUGAGUGAUCCUGCAAUGAAGUGAUACAAAGUAGAUAUACUCACAACCUAGUAAGGUUAACCCCUACGUCUGAAUAGAGAAAAUCUAAAAAAUGAGCUGCACCAAGCUAUACUGGUAUAAAAGUGAUAAAAGAGCUUUAUUGAACAUGGCCCUAAAUGUAAAAUCUACCAGGAAACACUCUUAUUAGAUGAAUGCUCAUUACAUUUAGGUUGUGUGUGUAUAUCUACUUUGUAUCACUUAAAGGGACACUCCAGGCACCCAGACCACUUCAGCUUAUUGAGUAGUCUGGGUGCCGUGAUCCUUUUGCACUUAGUGUAAAACAUUGCAGCUCUCAGUCUGCCCUGUAGUGGCUGUCUACCAGACAGCUCUCAGUCUGCCCUCUAGUGACUGUCUACUAGAGGGCUUCCGGAAUCCAAACCGACGGUUAUCUGAUGCUGGACGUCCUUAUGGACCUCCAGCGUCAGAUUUUCCCCAUAAGAAAGCAUUAAAUAAUGCUUUCCUAUGGGGAGGUCUAAUGCACACGGCCAUUGCCACGCAUGCACGUUAGUUGGCUGACAUUGGUGGGGGAGGAGUGUGGGCGGAGCCUCACCUAGCGCCCAGGGACAUCUGCGCUGGUUUCAGGUAAGUAGCUAAAGGUGUUUUAACCCCUUCAGCAACACUGGGUGCGGGAGGGAGGGGGACACUGUAGGAUUCUUUAGUGCCAGGAAAACGGGUUUGUUUUCCUGGCACCGGAGAGUCCCUUUUAAUUGCAGGAUCACUCACUAGUACCCAUUCCGCUACAGGUUUAGACCUUGACACGUAUUAUGUAUAACUGCUUCUAUUAUUGCCAGGCUGUACAUUAGUUUCCGUUCAUGUGAACCUUUGUACAUAUCCGUGUUCCGUUUUUUGAACUUAUUUCAGGUUAAGCCCUGAGAGACCCCUGGAGUCUCUCAUUGGUGCAAAGGAUAAUUGGAACAGCUUGGACACAAAUACUUAGCACUGUGUCUUAUGCUAUUUCCGUUAUUUAACCUGUCUUGUGGAUAUUAUAGUAAAGGAACACUCUGUGGACCAUUACCAGUUAAUCGAAAAGUGGUCCUGGCACUGGCUCACGUUAGGGAGUUAAACUGCUCUGGAAUGGUUUAACCCCAAAAUCUUUGUUCCAGGGCAGAAGCUCCUUGCCUCUCUGCUUUCUGUUUUCUAAAAUUCUCUGAAACAGAAAGCUUUUACAGAAUUGGGCAGCGACACUGCUGAUUGGCUAAGAGGAACGUUAAGCAAAGUUACACAGAGUAAUCCAGGUAAGCACUUAGCUAUGGUUGUCUAAGUUGUCAAAGUAACGUCAAUAUGAUUCAUUAAAGCUGCCUCUUGUUACCUCCAGUUCUUAUGCUUUUAGAUUUACUAAUUGCAUUUCUGAAACCGCUCACCAAGUAAAAUCUUCUGUUCCAA